AUGGACCUGUCUCUGAUGUUAAAGAAGGACAUAGGUCCAAAUGGGGACUGUUCUGCUCAAUCUGUGACUGUCGGGAGGUAUUGGAGCCCCUCAACACAUGUUUUGCAUGGAGAUUCCUGCAGUUAUUAAACGGUUACUGGCCAAGGUCAACAACUUUGGCCAAAAAAAAAAUAAUACACCUGGGACCUCAUGGAACAGAGGUCUUACUUCAGUCUCAGGGUUAUGGGACGGUGUUAAUUUUGUGAAUGAGCAGAUUUGAAAUAGACCUAUGAUCUGUUUUUAUACUGGUCGGAUGAUACAUUCACACCUCUCAGUGCUUUUACUGUUAACCCAUUAAUGACCGGUUACAUAGCUAGUACGUCACAUUAUACUGUGAUUUGCUAUGAAUGGAUUACCUACUGUCUGCAAUACAUAUGAAUCGGUACCUUUAAUUCUCGGCACCUAAGAAUAUCCACUGGUAUUAAAACACCUAAUGACCACCGAUAGUGAGUAUUUGUGAUGGGCGAUUACAUUGCUAUUGUGCUACUGCGAUUAUAUCACCAACAUAUUCCGCAGUGCUGUACAAUCAGUAAAUAAGACCAGCAAAACAUGUUUGAUAUACUAAAACAGUAGGUGGAGAGGGCCUUGCCAUACUGAGCGUACAGUUAUUGAAGAGGUAAUAUUUUUCUGAUUAUUUACGGAAGUUCUAAGAUUGUACGUGCCAAGCCCUCUCUAUGGACUAAAUCCUGCAGAGUAAAACUGCUUCGUCGGCUAAUUCAGUGUUUGUGUAUAACGCGAUCUGUGUGAAUAAAAUCUAUUCUCCUGUAUUGUGAAUGGGCUUAACCAUCAAAGUGUUCUAUAUUCCUGAAUAAUUCAUUGUUGUUCUAGAAUAACAUUAGGGAUUUUCCCAUUUCCUCCAACAAAGGAUAACGAGAGGCUUUGAUCAAUUUCCCCUCUGUAUAUUAAUAUGGAAAUCUAAUGAGGUAAAAAUGUUAAUUAUUGUCAAUUAAUUACUAACCUGAAUAAUUGUUCAUAUAGCGGCAACAUAUUCCAAAGCAAGGUACAAUUCUCUCUCUAGUCAAAAACCCCAAGAAAACUGCUAUGCAUAGAUUUAUUUUUACACAAAAUGAAGCUUUUUCUUAUUUAUGGAAAAUAGAAACCUUUAAACAUAGCCAGACCGUUUAUUUCAUUUUAUUUGGCUUUGAUAUAAAUCCUUAUAUUUUAUGUUCUCAGGUGCUGCGAGUGUUUGAGGUGUUGUGGCCGCAGAGAAUUGAAGCCUCGAACAGUCUGGCUUGGUCACCCCGAAAAAAGAGAGCAGAGAUACCCCCGAAAUGUCAUCAACAAUCAGAAAUACAACUUCUUUACAUUUCUUCCCGGGGUAAGAACCGUCUCCGUACAUCGUCCCCCGACAGAAGCAAAACCAGAGAAAUUCUACAAAUUCGAGAUUAAAUAAGAAUUAACGGAAUAUUAAUUACAUUCUCACAGAACUCUAGAACUAGUUCUGGGUGGAACCGCAUUUAUAAUAAUUAAUUCCAUUUUCCCAUUGGAGUCAUAACUAUAUAGCCUGCUGUAGGUUUUAUUUAUAACGCACCAACAGCGCCAAAUCAAAUGUUGCCCUUUUGCCGGCUGUGAGGGUCCUAUAUGGCCAGUGACGUCAUCCAGCUCCUGGAAAGCCGGAUGUCGUUUCUGCCAGCCUAUUCGUCUGCUGAGAGCCUCAGCUGACCGCACUCGACCAACGAUUGCCAUUCUGAGAAUAGGAAUGGGUGGCUAAUGACGCCCCAAUGACGCUGCCUUAGGUGGAGUUAUAUCUAUGGCGGUAGAGGGAUUAAACUCUGUAGCGUUUCAUAGCAAAAUGGUGCACAUACUCACUCCAGACACCUUGAUCACGUUAAAUCACUGAAGUAGUUAUGGUUUUUUGAAAAAAAAACUUCAAAACAUUCUACAAACUGGAGCUUCUCGUUCCCACGGAAUAUAAAUAUUACAAUGCAGGAACAGCAAAAAUCACUUUGUUUUCCCCAAUAUGGUGGGGGCAAUGUUUAGUUGGAAAAUAGUGAAGUAUAGACAUGUAUGCGCUGCGCGGAGCAUGGCUGUGAUUGGAGAUUGUGUUAUUUAACCGUCAACUCUCUGCAAUUCACAGUUUAGUGAAUGCGCCUUUAGGUUUCUUUGCUUAUUAUCCUUCAUACUCUUUACACCCCAUUCAGUUAUCUAAAAGAAGAAUGGAUUCCCCUGUGCAGGCAGUGUAUUAUAUACGGACUAAGCUGCAAAAUACAAUAAACACAACUAUUCUAUUAUGGAAUUCUGAGGCCUUUCAGGAGUCCCCAUAGCUUAUUCUACAGCUUUAUCUUUUAACUGUAUUUCUUUAUUCUGUCCUAACCUUUAACAUUCACCCCCUGCCCUUCCAGCCCAGCAGGGCAUUGACAAUGUAUAAUAAUUUCAUUGGACAGGCUGGGAGCCAGCAUUCUCCAUGUGCCGUUUUCAUUGUAACGCAAGAGUUGUCUUGUUACAGUUGUUUUUGUGAACAUUUUGUGUGUGAUAAUAAAUAUGCUAAUUAGCUUUACAAAUGCCACAUUCCCUGUGUUUGAUACCCUGCUGCUUUCACAGUCGCUGCUGGUAAAUCCUCCGGGCCCCCUUACACUGGGUGGAGGGUGGUACCAAUCCUGCAAAUUGAGUUUAAUUGCUGGACAGUAAGGGGCGAGCAGAUGUGGACUUCCUAGAAAUAAUUGUUUGAAUUUUUGACCUUUUUAUGGAAGAAAAAAAAUCCACAAAAAAAACCAAAUCAUAAAAACAUUGUGCAGUUGGAUAAAAAUAUAACUUAAUAUAUACCAACCAACCAAACUUAGUAAAUGCAAAAUAAUCCUCCAGUUAUUAAACAAGUGUCUGCAUUUCUCCAGUGACCAUUUAAAAUAAAUAAAUAUAUAAUUAUAUAACUAUGUUAAAACACAUAUGUAUCCAAAAAUCUUACAUAGUUACUAAAAAGUUUCAUUCUUUUUGUAUUUAAUAUAUAUAUAUUUUUUUUAAAUACUUGUUUAACCAUUUUAUAUUUAAUUUUUUUCUGCACAGCUGUGUUUUUUACAUUUAAUGACAAAAUAAAUAUUAUGUAAUUUCACAAAAUUAAAAUAAAUGAAAUAUUCUCUUUCUUGACUUUAGAUCCUCUUUAACCAGUUCAAAUACUUUUUCAAUCUCUACUUCUUGUUGUUGGCCUGUUCUCAAUUUGUACCUGAGAUGCGACUUGGACCUCUAUAUACAUUCUGGGUUCCUUUGGUGAGUAGCAAAUUCUAAAUUUCUAAACUGUACCUUUUGCUUUGAAAAACGUUUUAGCCUUCAAUGACGUAAAAUAAUGUUAUACCAAUGUACAUAGAAUUGCAAUAUUUAUGCUCUAACAAAAACCUCUAUAGAGAGAAACUGUAUACGCUGUAUUUCUGUGUGUCACACGCUCAACUGGUCCAUUUAUGAACUUAGUGUAUACUGUUUUAUUAAUCCACAACACAACUUCCUAAUGAUAUACCAUGUCCCUAAUAUGUUAACAUUUUCUUUUUGUCUGAAAACGAUUGCACAAAUCUAACAGAUAUUUUAUUUUUAUCAAACUUGGAUGAAAACAAAUAUAUGUUGGUAAAUUAAUGAGUGAUCAAAUAGAACUACAACCAAACUUUGUUCGGUGACAUUCGUUCAUUCAUUAAUAACUGCUGCCUUUCUGGGUGCACGAAUAAGUAAAAUCUAUUCUUUAUUUAUAUUGUAAAAAUAAAUAUAAGUAAUGUAAAGGAUCACUAUAGUCACUAGAACAACUACAGCUUAAUGUACGGUAUACAGCUUAAUAUACGGUAUACAGCUUAUUGAAUUUGUUCUGGUGAGUAGAAUCAUUGCCUUCAGGCUUUUUGCUGUAAACACGGUUUGUUUCAGAGAAAAUGCAGUGUUUACAUGACAGCCUAGUGAUAACUUCACUGGCCACUCCUCACAUGGCUGCUAGAGGUGCUUUUUGGGGCAGUGCUGCACAGUGUGACUGACUUUACCCAUAGAGAUACCAUAAUUCAAUGCAUCCCUAUGAGGAGAUGCUGAUUGGCCAGGGAUGUGUUUGACCCUGCCCCCAUCCUGCCUCCUUGGUGAUUCCCUCUAUGGGAAAGCAUUGACUUGGCUGCGAUAAUCAAUUCUGAUUAUGUCAGCCAAAGGGGCGGAUCGAGGGCAGGGCCAGCACCAGCACCUGCGGACCCACAUGGCACUGGAAAAAAGGUAAGUUUUAACCCUUUCUAAGGGGACAAGCCACCUACAUGGUUGUUUUAACACUGUAAUAUCAGGAAUACAUGUUUGUGUUCCUGAUCCUAUAGUGUUCCUUCACUAUAACUUAUUUUCAGUGUUUGAAACUGAUGGAAUCAUUUAAAUUUACAUUUUCAUAAAAAAACAAUUUCUUAAACUUCCCAUUUUGAUAUCUCCACUUAUAGGAGUUUUGUGACUGCCAUUUCUGGAUAUAGCCAUUCCCUAUAAUAAUUAAUAGUUCAAACAGAAAUUUGUUAAAUAAUGAAAAAUGAUUUUUCGGUACAAACCGAAUCAAUAUUUGAACUAAUUUUGUGCUCAAUCCAUAGUCUAUCUCUGGUGUAGCCCUUCCAUAUAAUGUGUCUCUUCGACACACUGUCCGUUACAACCUGUUAUGUGCAAAGUCUGUAAUCUGCCAUGGUGUGAAUCCUCCAAUGGCAGCUACGGCCCAGCCAGUCAUGAGGAAGUGGAUCUCUUCAGUCUGGCUACAGAAGCCUGCAGAGUAAUGUAUUGUAUCCCUUCCUCCAUACUUCUUGUUUAACCCCUUAAGGACACAUGACAUGUGUGACAUGUCAUGAUUCCCUUUUAUUCCAGAAGUUUGGUCCUUAAGGGGUUAAGGAGGUAGACUGCAUUGUUUGUUUGUUCUCUGUAUCCAUCCAACUGGCAACCAUGGCAAGAACGCUAUACUGAUAGGUUUCGCCACAUCACUGGCUAUGCACGUCUUCUUUCAGCCUUUGCUGUAACUAGGACAAAGUACUAAUUUUAAUUGGUCUGGAUUCACCUGGUCUAAACCCAAAACCCAGAUUAGCGUUUAAAUAAUGGCUGCAAACUCAGAACAAAGUCAGCGGAUUACGCCAUUGCUCUAUGAAUGAACUUUAUCCAAGCACUGGGUACUGAAAAUAAUGAAUAAACGGCCCGACAUCUGUAACUCCUAAAUGGGGCCUGGUGAUAGGCGUAGUGAUAGAGCACCCAAAAUGUAUCCAGUGAUGAGAAUGUUUUAUUAAUAUUACUUUUUUUGUGGUAAUUAUAUUAGUUUUGUUUAGUUAUGUGUUUACAAAAACAACUUUUCUAAAUAAAUGUUUUGUUUAAAUCACUUUUAAAUUGAUUAUUUUCCACCUUUGUGCUAACGUUUCAUUGAUUUCACAAUUAGAAGCUAUUCCCUAUGAGCAGCUACUGAAACUAUGAGAUUUGAUCACUAAACCAGAUGUUAUGGAGAUUUGAACUUUUUAAACCAGAAUUAUAAACCAGGAAAAGUCGCCCCCCUCACUCCCCCACCCCUUCAGGUGUGCAAAUCCCUUGUUUUCCUCUUUCUUAAAAAAACAAAAAACAAAACACACACACACCAUUGAAGCCUUAAAAGGUAAAUAUUUAAAAAUAGUAAUCUGAUUCAGGUUAAAUAUUUUACAGAAAAAAACAGUAAAGAGAAAGUAAUUUUUGUUGUUGAUCGGAAUUAAUUGAGUAUUUUGUUUGCCUCUGUUUAUAGGGGUUUGUGGUCGCGGUCACCAUCAUUCGAGAGGCAGUGGAGGAGAUUCGAUGUUUUGUACGUGAUAAGGAAGUCAACUCGCAGAUCUACAGCAAGCUCACAGCCAGAGGUCAGGUUGUUGGCCCUUAGCUGAUUUUGUUGCUUCCUCUCUAAGGGUAGGGGAACAGUAGGGAAGUUUUGGAUGGGUGAUUACUGCUGACAGCUCAGACAAGCAGCCAAGGGAGCUGAGUGCAGAGUUGGUGCGGGCAGGUGUCCUAAUUGAUGGUCUGAUGCUCCUGACUCCAUGGAACAUCUGUUCAUCUUAUUGUUACGUUACGUUACGUCUGGUAAACAUUGAACCCGUUUAUUGUCAGAAAGUAUCAGAACCAAUAUGGUCACAUUGGAAAGUAACCUAAAAACAAGGUCUUAGAACUUUUACUGAAAAUAUGUCAUAUUAAUCUAGAGCUAAGCUAGUCCACAUGGCCUACACAGCUGGGGAUUACUAAAAGCACUUUAUUUAGAGUAGUACCGCAGUGAAUCAGUUAAAAGGACGCUGUCAUACGUAACAGAGCUCUGUGUAUAUAUAUAUAUAUAACUGGUUUCAUACCGAACACUAUAAUGUUACUUUAACUGGUUAUGUGCUCAAGUUCCUCCUGCAGAUUAAUUUUUUCGCUUGCUUGUACUUCACAUUCAGAUAUUUUAAUUUGUUUUGUUUAAUUUAAUUUAAAAUGCUGUUGACAGAAGCCACGUUUUCCAUAUAAGUGAUUGAGUAAUGCUCGGCUAAUUAACUUUAUGUUCUUCUUAUUAUUAUUCCUUUUUUGAGUGCUGGGCUCUCGUCCCCUGUCCAUACACAAAGUAUUUGGGUACUUGCUCUCUCAGUAUUCUCCCUGGAUGUAGGAGAGCUUCUGUGGAAACUGGAAAGACAUCACUCACACAGGAUUCUAAAGGGUGAAUUUCAAACUUUGCCCUUCUAGCAGGGAAAUCAAACCAGAGAGAUGAAAGCUGAGAGCUAAGAUUUUUUGGGGGGCUCCCUUUGGCAACGGCAUCCUGUGUCUGGUAUAAAGACUCCCUAAAUUCCCUGGGUGUUUGUGGCAAUGUUUAACCUGCCUGGUCAGCUCAGUCAAUCACUGCAUGGCAUUCUAUGUUUGGAUAUUAUUUUAAUAACCAUUUUGAUCUAGAAUCUCAGCUUCCCAUUAUAAUCUGAGCAAGGACGCUGACAUGGUAAAAUGACAUUUACCUCUGACUGCUGUUCAUAUCCUCCUGCAGUCUGCAAGCCCAUGAAUCAGAGGGUACCGUACGUAUGACCUCAGUGUCAGAGGAGCUGGCGUGUUGGGGGCCCCACCGCAUGAAAGCCUAAUACAGCAGGCACUGGUUGAAAUCAAACAGACCUAACUUAUGAAGACUGGGUUCACAUUACUGGCUAUUAUAAACCCCAUGCCUCUAGUGGGGGUGAACGCCAAUCAGGAAUCCGAUUAACGAUACUAAAAUAAAAAUUAGAAUGUUAUAUCUUCUUCAACCAUUGUAUUAUUCUAGCAAUAAUUUAUUAUUCAUAAUGACUUCAAAGUGAGUUUUGUAUUUUUAUUAUUGUUGCCUUUUUCUUUGCUACAAUGAAUGAACCUCUGUCUCACUUAUUACUAAAAGGCUUGAAGUGAGGCUUUUGGGAGUCUGUAGUUGACAUUGAGAUGGUUUGGAUGGAAGCUGUACUUUUUAAGAAUUAAUGGUGGUAAAUUCAAAAAAUGAAUUAGAAUGUCAUGUUCACUUGCAGGGAAAGGUGGAGAACAGAAAAUUGUUGCAAUCACUCAGACAGAUGUAGUCUAGAACCAUUUUUCCUAACCGCGUCCUGGAAGCCCAGCCACUGUCCAGGAUUUGGGGACUUCCCAAUCAAAUAUUAGAAAUGUUUGUUUUGGUUUGUCUGAAACCUAGUAAAAUUUUUCAUCUCUAUUUAAAAUGAAUGAAGCUAAAAUAGUUCAGUCACAACAAUCCCCUAAAGGGCGAUGGAUAUUAAUUUACUCAGAACAGCAGCAGUAUGUUCAACGAAUGGCAUCGAAUUACAUGUGUACACAGACCCAUACGUUCAUUCAUUCGUUAAUAUUCUGACCAUUAUUUGUUUUUGAUUGAAAUAAACGAAAACCAACCUUUUUGGUAAACUUUUCAAAUUGUCCAAAAAUGAAUGCGCAUGUCUAACCUGUAUGAGUCAGAAUGUGAGUGAGCAAGACAAGCAUGGCAUAGAGCCCCCCUUCUCUGUACACGCACACUCUCUGUAUCUAAUGUUGGGCUGGCUAUGCUUACUGGUAUUGAAUUCAGUAAUCCUCACGCUUGUCCAUGAGUUCAAUCUAUUCGCCUACACUGAACCUCAGACUGCUUCAGAUUCCAUGUCCACAGUGCAACAAGGAGCCGAUCAAAUACACUUGUUCUCCGAUGGAACUACACAACUAAAUUACAUGAUAAAGUUAGGAUUAAUAGUGUUAAAAAUACAACAAAAAAUAAAAAUACUGAAUCAAAUGUCUUUUGUAUUCUUUUUUUCUUUUAGGUACUGUUAAAAUCAGAAGUUCCAGCAUUCAAGUAGGAGAUCUGAUUAUUGUAGAAAAGGUUUGUGUGACUGUGUGUCCAUGUGCAUGUUUGGAUCCAGGGUCUCCCUAUGUCCCUUGCUCACUUGUCUAGAGGGGUAUCAGCUGCACCUCAGUGAAGCGGCCUAGUGAUGGCCAAAAUAAUUGUUUGUGGUUGCUGUUUCCAGGCCCCCAACAGUGCUGUUUCCAGUGGGGCAGUCCCGAUUUAGUUCCCUGGUGUCCUGCGUCCAAACUUGGGCAGCACAGUGAAAGUCCAUCAUUGGACACACUGUUAACGGGCACUAGGACAUUGCAGAGAUCACUUCUGUUAAGGUCCUCUAUGUUGGAAGCUGCCCAUUAUGGGCAUCGCCAGUGACACCCCCUAUGGGCCCGCACUCCACCCAAACUCAUAUCUUUCAAUGUUGGAGGUACGUGGAUCGCAUAUGCAGAAGGAAAUCCUCAACAUUUCAGAUUUUUGCUACAGUUGCACUUCCAAGUUUGUUUGUUUUUCUUCGAUCACAUAUUUUUUUUAUUGUUUUCUAGUGAAUUCAAAAAAUUAUCCAUCGGGAUAAAACAUAUAUAUUUAGGCUUCACUUUAACCCCUUGGACACUGAUUCAUUUUUUUGUUAUCUCAGACUGGUCCCUACUGCCUGCUGUCCUUUUGGUCCGUGUGUAGAAUGUAACCGUAAUUUUCCAUCAGCGACUCUAUAGAGGCAUUUGGGGAGAUGUGGUCUAUAAUCUCUGUAGUGACAAAGGAUGCCGACCCCUGCUCUAUGGGACUGCAGUCAAUAUAUGGGCAGGACAUUCUGGAAAUGUCAUUAGUUCUAAAGAGCUUAAAUACAAAUAAAUCACCAAUAAAAAUUCAGCUGUGGCCUGAACAUGAAACAAUGUAUAUGUUAUUAUUAUGGCAUGAAUGUUCUGUUAUUUAGUUUCCUAAAAUAAAAAUGUUAAUAUAUGUAUUUUUUUUAAAUAAAUAUAUAGAACCAGAGGAUUCCAGCUGACAUGAUAUUUCUGAGAACAUCAGAAAAAAAUGGUAACUAUACCUGAAAACGCUGUAUUUUUCCUUUGACAUCAAUAUUCUUUCAGAGAUUUUUUUUUCCCUCGGAAAUUUAGGGAGAUGACUGGCGGUGCUUGUUGGAUUAUUAUUUUUUGCUUUUUUUUGCUUUCUUUCAAAUAAUUUUUUAAAUCAUUAUUUUUAUGCUUAAAAUAUUUUAAGAAUACAAUGUGACUGUUAAAUAUUUAUUUUUGCCAUUUACGAUUUGAGAGUUCUAUUAAAAAGCACAGAAUUAGCAUUUUCCAUUCUUUCUUUAUAAGAAACAUAGAAUGUGACGGCAGAUAAGAACCAUUUGGCCCAUCUAGUCUGCCCAAUUUUCUAAAUACUUUCAUUAGUCCCUGGCCUUAUCUUAUAGCUAGGAUAGCCUUAUGCCUAUCCCACGCAUGCUUAAACUCCUUUACUGUGUUAACCUCUACCACUUCAGCUGGAAGGCUAUUCCAUGCAUCCACUACCCUCUCAGUAAAGUAAUACUUCCUGAUAUUAUUUUUAAACCUUUUCCCCUCUAAUUUAAGACUAUGUCCUCUUGUUGUCUUCUUUUAAAUAUAGUCUCCUCCUUUACUGUGUUGAUUCCCUUUAUAUAUUUAAAUGUUUCUAUCAUAUCUCCCCUGUCUCGUCUUUCCUCCAAGCUAUACAUGUUAAGAUCCUUUAAAGGGACACUCCAGGCACCCAGACCACUUCUGCCCAUUGGAGUGGUCUGGGUGCCAACUCCCACUACUCUUAACCCUGCAAGUGUAAUUAUUGCAGUUUUUUUAUUAUUGCAGGGUUAACUCCACCUCUAGUGUCUACUAGACAGCCACUAGAGGGCACUUCCUGGUUCCUAGCAGCAUCGCUGGACAUCCUCACGCUGUGUGAGGACCUCCAGCGUUGCUUAAUUCCCCAUAGGAAAGCACUGAAAUGCAUUUUCAGUGCUUUCCUAUGGGGAGCGCUAAUGCGCAUGCGCAGCAUUGCCAGUUGAGAGAGAGCACAUUAGAUUGCAGCAUAUUUAGAAUUAACAAAAAUAACAUUUAUUGUGUUACCUUUUUAAAUUUUUUUAUUUAAGGUAUUCUUUUCUGUAGUUUUAUGUCACUCAGAGACCUUCUCCUGCUUUCUGUCUCUCUCUGCCAUCCAAAGAAACCUGUUUUGAGAGUGAAAUCUUUCUCAGACUGGAAGUGGCUCCCAUUUGUUAACGCAAUGUGUAUAUCUGUAGGCUCCUGCUUUCUGCGCACGGAUCAGCUAGAUGGAGAGACUGACUGGAAGUUGCGUCUACCUGUAGCCUGUACCCAGAGGCUGCCCACGGCUGCAGUAAGUUCACAUCCCAUAUUCAUAUCUAUACUAUCACACACGACUACUUUAUAUCAUCAUAUCCCAGGCCUACAUCAAGAGCUUGAUAAUAAAAACCCUGAAUGGUGCAAUCCAGUCCAGUUACAGAGAGUAAUGUAAAAAUAUCUAGACGUCUCUUCUGUUUGGCUGCUUUAUAUAUUUGGAGCCUUCUUUCACUUAUUGCUUAAAUCUGGGGAAAUAAAAUUGUCGCCUUUAAGAUGCAGUCUUAUCGAAUCUGCCAAAUUUCAUGAUUUUAGAUCAUAUUUUUCCCAUCAGUUCUAUAUUUCUCCCAUCGGUCUUUUGUUUGGUGCCAUGGGCGGAAAUAUAAUCGCAAAGUAAAACCAACAUGUUUAGAAUUGCGUGACUUGGGAGGUUUGUGAUUUGGUUGCAUUUCAGCUCGGAGUUUGGGAAUUCAAAUUAAUCUCAACGUUCCAUUAUGUUACCGUUUCUUUAGCUGCUGGGUAAAAAAAUAAAUAAAUUCAAAAAGCUGCUAAUUUUGCAAAGCUAAGCACUUGGUUAAUUUUGAAAUGGGGGCAGCACUAUAAAUGCCCCAGCACCCGGCAUUCUGCGGUGAGCAUGGAAAAAAAUAUUAACACCUUGAGUGCCAGAGGGGUCAAUGAUGCGAGUUCCUGGCACCACAGACUAAAAUGUAGGAUGACUGGAGACCUAGAGAACGUCAUCUGCCAACAUUCAGCCCCUUGCCCGAGGCUGUCCAGAUGUUUUCUAAUUUUCUUUGUUCUUUUUAUGGAAAUGUAAAAAUAAGUUUGUUUUUGGAUUGACACUGCGCUCGCUGUGAUUACACAGGAAUGUUUACGUGUGGCCUACUGAACAAACAGGCACAGUGCGGAGAAUUUAUUGUGGGCUGUUUAAAUAUUGAACUUUGGCUCUGGAAUACUGUUCUUGCCAUUUUGCCACUAAAUGUUUAUCAUGUGUAUGUGACAAGCAUUGCAUUUCUUUGGUCUGUAUUUUUGACACCUUAAUGUCACUUUUCUUCUCGUUUGACCAAUACAUGUUAGUUCAACACUUAUCAUUUCUUAUUCUGGGAAAAAGACUAUUAGUAAAGUGCGUGUUACAUUUUAUUCAUACUUCUAAUGUGCACCUGUCGUUUCAAACAUGGCCUGGCGUCACUCUAUAGGUGACACGAUUUGAUCCCUACAUUGAUCUAAACAUGCUGCUUUAGUUACACUUGGUUGUUAAACUGAAACACACUGCGUUUGCAGCACCAACAUUCUCCCCGACAGAGACACGUCAGUGCGUUUUGUACUGUACAUAUUGUAGAGUGAAUUUCUGGCUGCACACCCGCCACGUACGAAUGAUAAUGAUCCCUUAAGCUAGAAUGUUCUGCACCAGGAAAUGUGGUGUCCGUCCCUUUCUAGAAGAGAAAUCUAUUUUGUUAUUUAUUUUAUCUUCAAAUACAUUGUUUUUUAAUGUCUUCAUUAACAAGUCGGUGUAGUCAGUAAAAUGGAAAUUGUCAAUAAUGAAAACUGAAUUAACUACGAAUUUGGAAAUUUAGAUUGAAAUGGCUGAAUUGGAAAAAAAUCACCAAAUCACCUAUGUUUUAAUUUUGGUGAUUUUUGUCAAUUCACAUUGCUCUUCCUAAAGCAGUAGUUUUGAGAGUCAGCCGAAAGGUAUUGUUUAAAUUUAUAAAUUCUGACGGUGAAUUUGUAAUUUUCAUCAUUUAUGAAUGAGCGAUAAGUUGUCUAAACGGAUUACAGAGCUAAUUAAUAAGUAGUACAUCACACAAAGUGCUAACAUUGACAGCCUGUUAUUGGUAUGAAGGGUUCAAAAUUCUGUCCGUGCAAAACAAAAUCUGAAUACCGAUGGAACGAUUGACAUUGGACAAUCUUAGUGAACUGACAAUAUUGUUCUUGAUUCUAAGCCCAAAUUCAUUUUUAACCCUGUUUUAUGUACUUAAAGGAACAUUAUAGCAUUAGUUAAAAUUGUUGUAUUCCUACUGCUAUAGUGUCCUACCAACUAUUUAGAUUAUUUCACCCCUCUCCCAUGUGAACAAAAAAGCAGAUUUAAUUACCUGUCCACUCGCGAUACUCUAGUCUCACCGCAGCCACGAUACCUCCCUGACUGAGAUCAUCAACCUUGAUGAUCUCAGCCAAUUCAAUGCUCUCCCAAAGAAAAGCAUUUGGAAUCGAUGCGCCAAUCAGCAUCUUCCUCUGGACCUCAUCCAGGAAGACCAACUAGUGGCUGUCAGAGUGACUUAUCGAGUGACCGCUAUUAGAGGUGGCAUUAGGCAGCAGGAUACACAUUGCCUUUUCUCAGAAAAGACCCUGUUUACACUCCUCAGCCUUCGUGGACUUGCUAUAUGCCUCCGAACCACUAUAUUAAGCUGUAAUGGUGUUGGUGAUUAUAGUUUCACUUUAAAUUACAUUAAAUUUGAUUAAUUCCCUGUCAUAAUCAUCUCUGUAAUUAAAAGGAUUUACAGUCUCUGUAUCUUGAAGUUAUGCUGCCUCGAGUUUGUACAAUAAUCUGUAUAAAUAUGUGAUGGGAACACAAAGUAAUCUGCCCCCUUUAGGUGCGUAUUGUUCCAAAAUUGCUAUAUAUUUACUCCCUUUGUUUUCCUGAUUCUAUCCUGUAGGACCUGCUUCAGAUCCGAUCCUACGUGUACGCAGAGGAACCAAAUAUAGACAUUCACAAUUUUGCCGGUACUUUCACCCGAGUGAGUAACAGUCACUAAAAUUCCAUUAUUUACAAGACAUCGGCCUUUGUCACACACAACUGAAAAUGAAGAAAACUCGUCCUUGGCAUUCAUUUAACAGGGUUUUAAAUUCACUACAUAAUAUUUGAAGCUAUCUAAGAUCUAGUUAACGAUCACAUAGUGUUUGCUUAAUUCAUGUAAUUUUAAUAUUAUCUGCAUCUAUGUGUUUGGUAUAUUAUCUAAUAGGAAAUCUAACCUAAUAUCUCUAAUAUUUCUCUCCAUUUUCCUGUUUUAAUAAAUAGUAAAAUAUUUAUUAUAAUUAGAUUAUCGCCUUAUGUUCUGUGAUUUUUAAAUAGUUGUGUUUUUUGUUUUUUUUUUAAAUCAAAAUGUUGUUUAAGAGGUUUCUCGGAACCUGCAGAGAAUUGAAAGGGAAUCGCACGUUAAAGACGAUUGACCACAAUUCCCUAUGAGGCAUUGUAUUUACUAAUGGGGAUUGUUCACUAAACAGCUGAGAAUUCAACAGGAAUUGUCACAUUUAAGGCCAAAGUAAUCAGCUUGGUAGAACUGUCUGUUAGCGGUGCUCAGCUUUUUUUGGCCUUAAAUUUGAAACUCCCUGUAAUUUCUUUUUAAUUCGAGGUUUAGUAGUUAAUAUCCCUUUAUGGUCUAUUCCGUCUUUUUUUUUAAAUUAAUUUAUACUGAUCCCCUUUGUUAUCACUAUCUUGUUUGUAUUUUCAUAGUAAGCGAACCCCCACAUUCUGUUUAGGGGAUCAUUGUGGAACCGAGCCUUUAUGUUACACUCACUGUGAUGGAAUAUUCCGUAUUUGUAAAGAUUUUACAUUUUUCUCUCUUUAUGUUUUAGGAGGACAGCGACCCCCCCAUAAACGAGAGUUUAAGUAUUGAGAACACGCUGUGGGCAAGCACGGUCAUUGCUUCCGGUAACGACACACAUUCUUUCUCUUUAAAUGGGCAUGUUAACAAUUUAAUCCCUCGUUUAUCUGUCUGUAAUUGAAAAUAAUUGUGUCUGUCAUUGAGAAAAUUAGUGUCACAUUUUUGUUUUUGACAACUGUUUUAACUUCACAAGGGAAUGAAAAAUGGCAUCCACCCACGUCCAGCCCCCAGACAUUUCUAAACAAAGAUUAACAGCAGGAAAAAAAUCCAGAAAAAUUGAUUUUAUGAUCCUAAGUAGACCUCCCACUCCUAUCACGCUCAGACUGCCUUACUACAACUUACAUGUUGCUUUUUUGUCUUUCUAUAAAUGUAAUUUUAAAAAAAGGUUUAAUUUCCAAGAGAGCCACCCUGUUUGUUUAAUUUGUUCAAAAUAAAAUUAGACAAAACCUUGCAUUUUUAAUUUAACAAAAAUCAUAUACAGCCUGGAAGUCCAGAUGAGUGCUACAACUGGACAUUUCUAAAGGCCCUUUAAUUAGCCAUGACUUCUAAUCAUCCUCUCCCAUUAACAAACAUAUUGAUUACGAUGCUGUUAACAUUUAGAAAGCGUCAACAUGUUUUGUAGCGCAGUACCAUACAAGGUUUGUGCAGUCCGUUAAUAUACAGUAAACCUAGAAAGGCUUUUGUUUGUGAACAACUUACAAUUCACGAUAAUUGGUAAUUCUGAAAUCUGCUUGGCCAGUUAUGGUUAACCUUAGCACUGCAAAUGUAUGCAAAGUACAUGUCCCAGAAUGCACUGCUGCAGCUUCAUUUCUGACCAGCUUACAUUUUGAAAGUGCUCUCCUUACGUUGAGAGACUUGGCCAACAUUAGACCAUAUCCAGGUUGGCUUUCUUACAGACGGAUCCCUUUAUAAAUUGCCCCUUGGCUAUAGGAGUUCUGGACACAGCUUGCCAAUCCCCGGUGCAGAUUAACCCUUUCCAGUUCUUUUUACGUUUUUAGUGGAAGAUGUGUUUCUUAACCCGUUCAGGACCAGGGUGAGCAAAUCUUUUUUUGUUUGAGGUACAGUCCUGGGAUAUCGCUAGCCCUCCGGUUCAGUUCAGAUUGUAAAAUCAAUUUAGUUAUAUUUAAGCAGCAAUUUUAUCAGCAUGGCGUCACUGGCAACAACUACCAGAUUAACGUGAUUUUAUAAAUGGAAAUCUCUUUAUUAUAAGCCAAUUAAUGCAUGCAAGCUUAAAAUUAUAAAAAGAAAAAAAGACAUUAUUUAUCUUUACUCUAAAGCAAAGAAUGCCAUAAAAGCUCUAAUUUCAAAUCAGACGUUUGUGCCGGCCAUAUUUGACUCUAUAUAACUAUAUACUUUACAAGAGUAGGUUUAACGAGUGUUUUGAGGACACCGUUCCGUCACUGGGUACUAGGUCCUCAGUCCUGUUACACCACGGAUUCUAAAACAUUUCUGGCUAAGACCUAAAUAAUGUCAUGGCGAUAGGUGGGUGACCAAAUAUCCAAGUGUAAUAUAAUAUGUGGUGAGAUGAAUUCUCAGUGUCAGAGGGGUCUUUUAAAGUUAGGAUUGCUGCAGAAAUCCUUUUAAUUUGGGACUUUGCCUGGGACUUAAUAUUACUACUAUGGGGAGAUUUAUCAAUGUGUCACGUCCACUUUUCAAUUUAAAUUUUCUGUGAAUUUUUUGCGCAAUUUAUUAAAUCUGUCAGAUAUUGCGCUGUUUGCUCCCUAGCUGCCAUUUCGUCACCAAUGCAACAGAUUUAUUAAUAUUUCUGCCAUUUGUUCCACCACUAUCAAUUUUUUUUGUGUAAACUGGCAACAUUUUCUGUAAAGAAAGAUUUUAAAUCACUUUAAUAAACAGGAUGUAAAUAAUGUCUGGAUUUCAGGGAACGACGUUUGGGUCUUGACCCAGGAGUUAACAGCUAAUACAUUAUACAUUGUAUCUUUGGAAAUUCAAUAUAAAUAAUUAAUAUAAUACACUGAACACAAAACAAAUGAUAACCUUUUGCAGUUGUUCCAGGUGUGGUUUGAUUGGGGAAAUUAGCGGAAGACUCCUUGUCUCUAACUUUCGAUGUCUUGGCUAAAUGAUAGAUAUUUGUGAUAAAGGGUUAAAUAGUAUGCAUUAGUUUAGAAUGGACUACAAAUCUCACUUACCGAAGCUGCUGUUGUAAAAUCUUGGAUUAUAAUCCACUUGGGCCACUUGGGCCAUUGGUUAAGUGCCAAACCAGCUCCCUCCCACAGUUCAGGCUAACCUAGCUAAGCUGUGACUAUAGCUGAACUGGGGAUGUUCCCCUCCAAAUCUGCCAUUUUUGCCAAAAUGUUAAAGUAACUACAAUUCCCUGUUGAUUGAUUAAACUCCAGUGAGCAAGGAUAACCUCAUAUUGCUUAUUCUUCUUGGCUUUUCAUCCCCUAGACCAGGGGUAGGCAACCGUGGGCACUCCAGAUGUUGCAGACUACAUAUCCCAUAAUGCUCCAUAAUGCUGGCAUGAUGCCAUGCAUUGCUUGCCCCUGCCCUAGAGUCUUGAGGUUAAUAACCAAUCAGAUGCUGGGAAUCACAUGCACUUAUACUAUGCCACAUAUGGUGCCGGGGACACUGCAUGGUUCAAGCUAUUAAACUCCUUUUUUGAAAUUACUGUUUCCAAAACUACGACUCCUGUUGAGGAAUCUUUUUGUUUGCAUUAAGCACUCUGUAACUUUCUGUAAUUUGCGUUUCCUUUCAGGUACAGUUGUUGGCGUAGUUUUAUAUACUGGUCGAGAACAGCGCAGUGUAAUGAACGCCUCAAAUCCAAGGAGCAAGGUACAGACUGACUAAAACCGUCACAUUUACCAAGCUGUCUGGCAGGCACUGUGAUCACUUUUAUUUCUCUUUAAUUUUUACUCGUAUACACUGCACAUUACUGUGAGUUUUAUUGCUGUGGAGCUCUGUGAUACACUGAUACACACUGCACAUUACUGUGAGUUUUAUUGCUGUGGAGCUCUGUGAUACAUUCAUACACUGCACAUUACUGUGAGUUUUAUUGCUGUGGAGCUCUGUGAUACUCAUACACACUGCACAUUACUGUGAGUUUUAUUGCUGUGGAGCUCUGUGAUACUCUCAUACACACUGCACAUUACUGUGAGUUUUAUUGCUGUGGAGCUCUGUGAUACUCUCAUACACACUGCACCUUACUGUGAGUUUUAUUGCUGUGGAGCUCUGUGAUACUCUCAUACACACUGCACAUUACUGUGAGUUUUAUUGCUGUGGAGCUCUGUGAUACUCUCAUACACACUGCACCUUACUGUGAGUUUUAUUGCUGUGGAGCUCUGUGAUACUCUCAUACACACUGCACAUUACUGUGAGUUUUAUUGCUGUGGAGCUCUGUGAUACUCUCAUACACACUGUGCAUUACUGUGAGUAUUAUUACUGUGGAGCUCUGUGAUACUCUCAUACACACUGCACAUUACUGUGAGUUUUAUUGCUGUGGAGCUCUGUGAUACUCAUACACACUGCACAUUACUGUGAGUUUUAUUGCUGUGGAGCUCUGUGAUACUCUCAUACACACUGUGCAUUACUGUGAGUAUUAUUACUGUGGAGCUCUGUGAUACUCUCAUACACACUUCACAUUACUGUGAGUUUUAUUGCUGUGGAGCUCUGUGAUACUCUCAUACACACUGUGCAUUACUGUGAGUUUUAUUGCGGUGGAGCUCUGUGAUACACUCAUACACACUGUGCAUUACUGUGAGUUUUAUUGCUGUGGAGCUCUGUGAUACCCUCAUACACACUAUGCAUUACUGUGAGUUUUAUUGCUGUGGAGCUCUGUGAUACCCUCAUACACACUAUGCAUUGCUGUGAGUUUUACUGCUGUGGAGCUCUGAGAUACAAUCAUAGACUCUUCAUAUUGAUGUGAGUUUUAUUGCUGUGGAGCUCUGUGAUUCACAGUAAUGCACAGUGUGUAUGAGUGUGUUUUAUUGCUGUGGAGCUCUGUGAUACACUCAUACACACUGCACAUUACUGUGAGUUUUACUGCUGUGGAGCUCUAUGAUACACUCAUACACACAAUGCAUUACUGUGAGUUUUACUGCUGUGGAGAUCUGUGAUACACCCAUACACACUGCACAUUACUGUGAGUUUUAUUGCUGGGAUAAUAUUGUUACACCACAAAAAAAAGCAUAAUUUUUUUUUUUUGUUUACAUGAAAAAAGUCCCCUCUGUUGUGCUGCUUAUUCUGGUGAUGAUAUCUGUGAUGUUAAUAUUUAUCUGGGUGGCUGUGUGCAUGGUGAUUAUAAUGUGCUCUCCUGGCGCUCUCCUUAUAGAUUGGACUCUUUGACUUGGAGGUGAACUGUCUGACGAAGAUCCUGUUCAGCGCACUCAUUGUCGUGUCUCUAGUUAUGGUGGCGCUGCAGCACUUCGCAGGUCGAUGGUAUCUGCAGAUUAUCCGAUUCUUGCUCCUCUUCUCUAACAUCAUCCCGAUCAGGUGUGUGCGGCUGGUUAAUGUCCGAAAUAAUGAGAAUCUGACCUGACUUUAUCAGCGAUAUUAAUAUAUUGAGGGUUUUGUUGAAAUAUAUAAAGGACCAAUAGUCACAGAGAUCCUGACCGCCACUAUAGGAGCUUCCCUUGGAGAAACCAGUCGAUCUUGAUCCUGCAAUCAAUUUUUAGAAUAUUAAAUCACCCCAAAUCUACAACAUUUUAUACAACAUCUUAUUAAUUUACCAAUGUCAUCACUAAUGAAGAGAGGCAUUCUAGGGUCAAACAAUACUCGGUGAUUGAUCUCAGACAGACAGAUACACAGGCACACUUGUUGAAUCUUGUUUUUAAACACAAAUAAUCAUUCUCUAUCGCUCCAUAGCCGGCAAUCUUGAUUACUCUACAGAUAAUUUAAUUAGAAUUCUGAAUGUUCUUUGAAGUUGUUGUGGUAUAUAGUGGAUGAAGCAUCUUGGAAACCAAGUCUGGUGUGAUCGUAUCCAGUGACUGGCCGUUCUGAAAGCUAAAGUACCUUCAGCUCAAUUUAUAGUCUGUAGUGAAACUCGAGUUCACACUUUUUCCUUUACAAAAUUAUUUUGAGUCUACUGGAUUUUGGUUAUGGACUAUCAUUCAAAAAAAUGUUCACGAUUUCCUCUGCACACUUUCAUGGAUUUCUUAAGAAAACGACAUGGAUUGCUCACAAAAAAAUGGAUAACCUUCAUUAACGGUUUUCUGGUAGCAUGAAACACACAAACAUUGUGUAAAGUUGAACAUAAACUGUUAGGGUCCUGUGCGGAAAUGCGAGGAUCCAUUGCCAGAGUCUCCUUUCUUAAAGAACGGUGUCAGCAAGUGUGCCAUGGCCACGUGCACCUUCUCAGUGCCCCCUACACUAUGCAUCAUUACUGUUUGUUGACUGUUGCCCGAUGGGUUAUUGUGCCCAGCAAGUGUGACAUUAACCUACUGUGCCCAGCAACCGCACCACACAAUGCUUUGGUGCUGUAAACUAUAUUAAUGCAAUUAUGAUACAAGUGCUACCAACAAAUAUCUCCACUGAAUUCACGCUGACUUUGUGGUUCUACAACGUAAGUCUUAAAUCGCAUAUAAAGUCAUUAGGGUAGGCGUCCCAAACUCUUUUCUCCCAGAUGUUGCUGAACUGUUAUUACCAUGAUUCUCUGGCUAUCUAUUAUAAAAAUUCUGGUGGUUGGUGGCUAUCAACAUGUGAAGGUCCAGAGUUUGAGAUCCCUUCCGUAAGGACUUGAAUGCCAUCUCUUAAUAACUCUUCAAGCAUGCAGCACAUGUUGUUAAGCCUAAAAUUUAAAGACUAUACCAAUUCUGUGCUUUCACUGCAGUAUUUAAAUCAAACUGCUUGUUAAUAAAAAUGUCACUAAAUGUACAAUGUGACUAUUCCUGGACCAGACGGAAAGGUAGGGAUAUGUUGCUGAUCACAAAAACUGGACUACUGAAUUCUGGCCAGAGACUUCCGAUUUCCAAUCGAACAUUCCCCGAAAAGAACAUGAAUAAAUCUGCCUUGUUCUACAUCGGCAAAACAAUCUGUACUGAACACACGGUGUACUGGUGUAGACAAAGUGCAUUUGGUGCCCACACAGACUGACGUUUCACCCUAACUAAGUGAUAUCUGAAUUCUGCAGUGACCCACUAUCAAAUGUAUGCUUGUAGCACGAUAACCCAACAUGUCGUCCUUGCAUCACGUAAAAAAAAUAAAUUAAAAUGCUUAAAUGUGAAAAUGAUCCUAAAUACUUGAUAUAUGGCCGUGCAGCCAUGGCUAAGUCAUAGGGCAUUGAUGCUGAACUGUAGCAUUUUUAGAGUUUUGAUAUUGCAUGUGUCAGGUCCUUUCGUAAUAUAAUUUAAGUUUUUUUUGUUGUUUGUUUUUUUUAAAUUGUAUUUAUAAACACAUUGCUUCUGUUUUGCAGUUUGCGAGUAAAUUUAGAUAUGGGGAAGAUCGUGUACAGUUGGAUGAUCCGUAGAGAUUCCAAGAUUCCGGGGACGGUGGUUAGAUCAAGCACCAUUCCAGAGCAACUGGGGCGGAUUUCUUAUUUACUGACAGAUAAAACCGGUAACUUGUAACUUCUACACAUCGGCAGCUAGAGAGACUUUUUUUUAGCUGCCUUAGUAAGCAUUAAUCCUAAUUGGUUUUCCAAGCUUAUUUUCUAGUCUAGUCUGACUCUAUCCACGUUUUACAACUUUUGUUAAGAGCUUGUUUAUGCACUGAUUAAAAGCUUCCACAUAUUCUAAGAAUAUAUUUAUAGUUUUUGUAGUUCCGUUUUUUUUUUUUUAUCUAUUUUUUUUUUUUUGAAGCACUGACAGAUGGAAGGCCCAAGCCCGAGACUACAAAUUUAUAUAUAGAUAUUUUUUACCUGAUGGAGGGUAUGAUUAGAGUUGGAUUCAGCAGGGGGUGAAUGACCUGUUUAUUCUCUCAGGGACUCUGACUCAGAAUGAAAUGGUUUUCAAGCGACUUCACUUGGGCACGGUGGCCUACGGCAUGGAUUCGAUGGACGAAGUACAGAGCCAUAUCUUCAGCAUCUACACCCAGGUCUGAUCUUAUAUUUUAUGUUUUAUCUACUACAAAUGUGCUAAAAUUAUUUAAAUGAGUAAAAGAAUUCCAUUCUAAUGAAGGCAAACCAUUUCUAAAAAAAUAAAAUAAAAUAAAAACAAAAUAUAUAGUGUAUAACUCAUAUAAAAUAAAUGUCUUGAACUGAACAAUCUACGUGGAUAGGUGAGUAGGAAUCUACAUGAUAUGAGAAACUCUAUUUCCAACGAUGAUUGGACUGUGAAAUUAUCUUUCUGUAUGACAAAAAACAUAGGCUAGAAAACAUGUUAGGUUAAUAUAUUUAACUAGGCAGUUAGCCAGUUCUGCUUAGGGUUUUUCAGUUAGAUAGACAUAGUGAAGGCCAAUACAUUGUAGAAGGAUAGAUUGUCUCCUUUUAAAGACUGGAAGCUGGACAGUUCGGAUAGCCUGUUUUGGAUUUGUGUUUUUCCAACACAACCGCAUUAAACACUGAACAAGAAUUACUUUAAAGAUUUAAUGUUUAAUUUGAACGUACAUUACGAAUGAGAACUACUUCUAAUAAAGACAUCAUCGCAAUGCUAUUCAGACAUCUGACAUUCUGACCACACAAGGAAAGAAUUGUUAGAUCGACAAUAAAUAUUUUUUUCCACCACAAUAAAAAAGACUUUCAAAGGAAAAUAAUAAUAUUAAUGGAUGUUUUAAAGUGUUUUCAAUUAAAGACCUGAGGAGGGGGAGGAAAUGUCAGACUGGUUUCAUGGGGCAGGAGUGGGGAGAAUGAUUUGGUAGCUGUGAUACAGAAUCCCGUAAGUAGAAAUAUUUUUGGUGUCCAUUUAGAAAAGAUCAUGAAGUAGAUCUACGUUUUGAUCAUUUGCAGGUGGGACAAGGCCUAGGGGCCAUCAGUGGCAACUCAAUUAAGUCCACAAUAUGGGCUAUUUUUUUUUUUCUUAAUUGGAACCAUUUGUUCAAUUCCAAUUCAUUGGAACUGUAGAUCUGAUUCAUUACUUCAAUUAUUAUUUCCAUUCUGUGACCCCGUGAUCUGGAAGUAAAACUUUUUUUGUGUGGCUCUGACACGAGAGGUUAACAGAGCAGGAAGCAUAGUCUCUCUGUCCGCUGUGUGACCAGCCUAAUUAAGUAAUUGCCUAAUUACAUGAGGAGUUGGAAGCCAAUACUAAAAAUAGUCCUGUAUUAUUUAAUGGAGAGGACUGGGCUAGUUUCUCAUAUUGUGCCAUCUGGUAUGCGUUUACAUUAAUCAUAUCCAUAAAGGUCAAGCUUUUCCAAAGAAAAAGGUCACUUGGUCUUUGACUCCUUUCAAUAUGUUUUUAAUGGGGCACAUAACCGGACAACUUAUUGUAAAUAUGUGAUUCAGCUUCUGUUACUCAUAGGGAAAAUAAUUGAUAAUCAAAAUAUUAUGCUCUGCAGUGUUUAUGGGUAUUUAUGAGUGUAGGUGUGUGAGAUAUAUAUAUGACGUGAUCUAGGCACAGGAUGAAAUAUCACACCAUGUAAUAAAAACUGUAAUGUAUGGUGUGAGUGACUACUGGGCCGUACGAAUCCCAAACGGAAAUUGCUAGCUUUGAGACGUCCACAAUCCGGCCAGAGAUUGCUAGCUUUGAGAUGUCCACAAUCCGGCCAGAGAUUGCUAGCAUUGGGACGUACUUAUUCCGGGCAGAGAUUGCUAACAUUGGGACGUACACAUCCCGGCCAGAGAUUGCUAGCAUUAGGACGUACACUUCCUGGCCAGAGAUUGCUAGCAUUGGGACAUACGUAUCCCGGUCAGAGAUUGCUAACUUUGGGCUGUACACAUCUCGACUAGAGAUUGCUAGCAUUGGGACGUACAUAUUCCAGCCAGAGAUUGCUAGCAUUGGGACGGACACAUUCCAGCCAGAGAUUACUAGAAUUGGGACGUACACAUACCAGCCAGAGAUUGCUAGAAGUGGGACGUGCACAUACCGGCCAGAGAUUGCUAGAAGUGGGACGUGCACAUACCGGCCAGAGAUUGCUAGAAUUGGGACGUGCACAUACCGGCCAGAGAUUGCUAGAAGUGGGACGUGCACAUACCGGCCAGAGAUUGCUAGAAGUGGGACGUGCACAUACCGGCCAGAGAUUGCUAGCAUUGGGACGGACACAUUCCAGCCAGAGAUUGCUAGAAUUGGGACGGACACAUUCCAGCCAGAGAUUGCUAGAAUUGGGACGUACACAUACCAGCCAGAGAUUGCUAGAAGUGGGACGUGCACAUACCGGCCAGAGAUUGCUAGCAUUGGGACGGACACAUUCCAGCCAGAGAUUGCUAGAAGUGGGACAUGCACAUACCGGCCAGAGAUUGCUAGAAGUGGGACAUGCACAUACCGGCCAGAGAUUGCUAGAAGUGGGACGUGCACAUACCGGCCAGAGAUUGCUAGAAUUGGGGCGUGCACAUAUCGGCCAGAGAUUGCUAGAAGUGGGACGUGCACAUACCGGCCAGAGAUUGCUAGAAUUGGGACGUGCACAUACCGGCCAGAGAUUGCUAGCAUUGGGCCGUACGUAUCCUGGCCAGAGAUUGCUAGCAUUGGGAUGUACGUAUCCUGGGCACAGAUUGCUAGCAUUGGGACGCACGUAUCCCGGCCAGAGAUUGCUAGCUUUGGGACGUAUCUAUCCCAACCUGCCAGUGAAUUCAAUUUGCAGCUGCUACAGAUAAUUCUGACCCUUUUCCUGUUGUGUGAUGCAGGUAGAGAGAAUGGGGAGACAGAUGUAAUCUCUCUCUUUCAGAUGGUCUACCAACGUAUCUGUUGUAAUGUCAGUGUCCCCAGGGUCGUAUCCUGGUCAGACCACAUUGCCAGUAAGUGUCCCUGGGAAAUACCUCUAAACGUAAAUAUCCCGAUUCUUUCACACAUUGCCUGGAUAUUUUAAAACGUGCGUAUACAAUAAGAUUUUCAAUGAAAUUUAGACUGUCUUAUGUUAUAUCUGCAUAUAUUUGUUUGAGCGUUUGGACUCAUUGUGUAAUGCCGCAAUGUUUAUUUUAUUUUCUCAUUUGUUUUUUAUUGUAUUUUGCUCUGUCUUCCUCCAGCCUUCUCAAGACCCUCCUGCUCAAAAAGGCCUGACCACCAAAGUACGGAAAACUAUGAGCAGCCGGGUGUAUGAGGCCGUGAAGGGUAUCGCCCUGUGCCACAAUGUGACGCCUUCCUAUGAAUCUAAUGGCGUGACUGACCAGGCCGAGGCUGAACGCCAGUUUGAGGAUUCCUGCAGAGUGUAUCAGGCUUCCAGCCCUGAUGAGGUAUUCAGACAAAGACACAGUGGGUUGUUAAGUUUGCAAUUCUAACAUAUCCUGUGUGAGUUUGUAUGUAAGAAUAGCUCCUCACAGUUAGUCUAAUGCCAAGAGAUUCGCUGGGGUUUUUAUCUUCAUUGUGUAAUGUCUUGAUGUAGUGAUGGCGAACAACUAGAAUAUUAUGUAAUAUUUUACAGCCAUCAUUCUCUGAGACGGAGUACUGACGUCUUGUUUGAAUAUAAUUGAUUCUUGGUGUCUCAGUAGAAGCUGUAAGACCUACUGGGCAUUUUUAGUCUGAGGUCCUAGCUGGAGACAUAGAGUCCUACAGUAUCUUUAAAAAUAUUAGAGAGUGCCAGUUCAUCUUGGCCUGUGUGAUUUGUCCAAGUAAAUGAUCUUGGAAUAUGGAACCUCAAAAGACUUGCAUCCCAAAGUAAAAACCCACUGGAUUAUUUGACAUUACUUGGAGAAUGCCAUGUGUUUAUACAGUUAGGUAAUCUGCUUCUAUAAUAUUUCUUGUGUAAGGUGAAUAUUUACUGAAAUGUUGAUAUUCUGUGCUUUAUAGCAAUAGAUACAAACUUACAGUUAUGAUUAUAUGCGCGAUCCUGUGGAUCAUGUCACUAUACAUCCGAUCGUGUUAGUGUGUGUCCGUGUACCGUGUUAGUGUGUCUGUAUACCGUGUUAGUGUGUGUCCAUAUAUUGUUAGUGUGUGUCCGUAUACUGUGUUAGUGUGUGUCCGUAUACUGUGUUAGUGUGUGUCCGUAUACCGUGUUAGUGUGUGUCCAUAUAUUGUGUUAGUGUGUGUCCAUAUAUUGUGUUAGUGUGUGUCCGCAUACCGUGUUAGUGUGUGUCCGCAUACCGUGUUAGUGUGUGUCCGUAUACCGUGUUAGUGUGUGUCCAUAUAUUGUGUUAGUGUGUGUCCGCAUACCGUGUUAGUGUGUCCGUGUAUCGUGUUAGUGCGUGUCCGUAUACCGUGUUAGUGCGUGUCCAUAUACCGUGUUAGUGCACGUCUGUAUACCGUGUUAGUGCGUGUCCGUGUACCGUGUUAGUGCGUGUCCGUGUACCGUGUUAGUGCGUGUCCGUGUACCGUGUUAGUGUGUGUCCGUAUACCGUGUUAGUGUGUGUCCGUAUACCAUGUUAGUGUGUGUCCGUAUACCGUGUUAGUGUGUGUCCAUAUAUUGUUAGUGUGUGUCCGUAUACUGUUAGUGUGUGUCCGUAUACCGUGUUAGUGUGUGUCCAUAUAUUUGUGUUAGUGUGUGUCCGCAUACCGUGUUAGUGUGUGUCCGUAUACCGUGUUAGUGUGUGUCCAUAUAUUGUGUUAGUGUGUGUCCGCAUACCGUGUUAGUGAGUCCGUAUACCGUGUUAGUGCGUGUCCGUAUACCGUGUUAGUGCGUGUAGUGCACGUCUGUAUACCGUGUUAGUGCGUGUCCGUGUACCGUGUUAGUGCGUGUCCGUGUACCGUGUUAGUGCGUGUCCGUGUACCGUGUUAGUGCGUGUCCGUGUACCGUGUUAGUGCGUGUCCGUAUACCGUGUUAGUGUGUGUCCGUAUACCGUGUUAGUGUGUGUCCGUAUACCGUGUUAGUGUGUGUCCGUAUACCGUGUUAGUGUGUGUCCAUAUAUUGUUAGUGUGUGUCCGUAUUCUGUGUUAGUGUGUGUCCGUAUAUCGUGUUAGUGUGUGUCCGUAUAUCGUGUUAGUGUGUGUCCAUAUAUUGUGUUAGUGUGUGUCCGCAUAUUGUGUUAGUGUGUGUCCAUAUAUUGUGUUAGUGUGUGUCCGCAUACCGUGUUAGUGCGUGUCCAUAUACCGUGUUAGUGCACAUCCGUAUACCGUGUUAGUGUGUGUCCGUGUACCGUGUUAGUGUGUGUCCGUGUACCGUGUUAGUGUGUGUCCGUGUACCGUGUUAGUGUGUGUCCGUGUACCGUGUUAGUACGUGUCCGUGUACCGUGUUAGUAUCUGUCCGUAUACCGCGUUAGUGCGUGUGUCCGUAGACCGCGUUAGUGCGUGUCCAUAAGGAGGGGGCCGUGCCGCUGUAAACGAUGGAACCAUUAAUGUUUUGUAACUUUUGCAAAGUAUUAUUUUCACUUAUGAAAAAGCUUCUUCGAUAUAGUUUUGGCUUUUAUUAAGUAACAAACCUAUGAAAUUGGAUUGUGCAAAGUUCUCACAUAAUGGAAGCAUACAACAGCGCGAAAUGUGUUUUAUUAUUGUAAAUACAUAUCAUUUCAAACAAUGCUAUAAAUUCUAUCCAUACUAUAUUGCACCUUUAGACAGAAUAUGUAGCUUCUUUCACAGAGAUAAAGACAAUCACAUGACUGCAGGAGGGUUUAAUCAGAAAUCUAUCGAUUUAUUAAUUGAUCCAAUGUAUAGAGAAAGGAUCUGUACAUAUUCACAGAAACCUAUACUGCUAAAUACAAAGCUAGAAUCGCACAUUCAACCUAAAAAUUCUCUCCAUUUAUGCAAAUCAUUUAAAAGUGUUUUUCUUUUUUUUUUAAACUAUUCCGUCUCUAUUUCAGAAUAGCUGAAUGUAAUGAAUAUUAGAUGUAACUAUCCAGUUCCUAAGUCCACGUUGGUGCUGACAAUACAGGCUCUGCAAUGCGUUUUUACAGAGUAAUUGUAUCAGAUCUCUCUGUAUCCAGGAAGUCACUGCCAUGAAUUACGUGGGGCAUUGUUUGUUCUUUCACUUCUUUACAAUAAUUUUAAAUAUAUUUUACCAGUCGGUUUGCAAUUUGUUUCCUGAAACAGACCUCAGGAUUUCCUAAAUUGGUUUCCUGUGCUUUCCCUCCCUCCAAAAUACUUUCUCAUUCUCGUAUCGGUUACGGCCCCGGGGUACCUAUCAGGGGAGUGAAAUCGAUAUAAACAGAUUGCAGAUAAGGGACCGAGAGGACAGAGUAACGACAUUCAGAUAUCUAGCACCAUCCCCAUUGCUUAAAACGACUCUGUUAGAAUAAGAAAUAGACUGAGCUGGAAAUAGACCGAGCAUAUUGGGUUAAUCACUAAACUCAGCCAAGGGAAUAAAGAUGUUUAGGGCAAAUUAACCAAACAGGACUUUUUUCCAGCCCAGAUUUUUAUUUAAUCUAAAAUUUGUUAUCAAUUCUGCACCGUGGUUUAGUCAAUGCACAAUUUUAUAAUUUUUAUUAUGUUUAACUUAAACCAUUCCAAAAAUGCAAACAAAUAUAUAUAUUUUUAUAAUUAUUCUAACGUUCUCUUAUUAUAUUCAUCCACAAAGUAAAUCCUAUGUAUCUGUCGCAGUGUCAUACCUGCUUGAAACUGGUGACUGACCAAAUCCUAUGAUUAAGUGCUUUCUCGCUAAUUUCAUUUCCUUUUAACCCCUUAAGGACACAUGCCAUGUCUGACAUGUCAUGAUUCCAUUUUAUUCCAGAAGUUUGGUCCUUAAGAGGUUAAAGGACACGGUUGGGUUUUCUAUUCAUGAAAAAACAAAAUGUUAAAAAUAUGCAUUAAUGUAUAUAUCCUAAUAAUAAUAAUUCUUAGAGGGAGGGAGUGAGUGUGGAUUCCCCUGCAUGGUCCUGUUCCCACGUGUUUUGUAACAUAUACAGAGACAACGUCCAAUUCCGGCUACAUGUCUGUAUUUAGGAAGCCAAUUCACAUUGCCUGCAGAAGGCUCAUUCUGACAAGCGACCCCUUUAUACUAAGUGAUGUGAUUAGCCCACCCUUGUAAUCAGGAGCGUGUGUCUUAACAUAUACAAAGUAUCAGGCUGAUUGACAGCGCGGGCCAUCUGUGUGUUGGUGUGUGUCUGUGUGUGUGGCUCUAUGAACACCAAUAUUUUAGGGCAAUCUUCCUCCAGCAGUUGGUGAUAUUCCCUAUUCACUGUCCCUGUAUAUAUACUGGAAUACACUAAUUAAAGGGACACUCUAAGUACUGUUACUGUUUGUUGAACUAUUUCAGUUUAUUAUAGUAAUUAUUGGGCCAGAAGUGUUUGGGUCCUUUUUUGGUUGGACAGUUGGAAUGGUUUUAAAAAACCUGGAGCUCUCCAAAAGCCUCAUUUCACCUGCCCUUCUGUUAUCUAGCAGGUCGUUCUGAGAAUGAUGGGAAUUUUAGUUCAAUAAAUACAUAGGGCCUUAGUUGGCCAACGUGUGCUAUCCUUAAUAAACGCCAACGUCUGCCAGGCUUCAUUGAGUGUAAUAGGACCUUGUGGGGAGAUAGCAAUUCUUAUUAUUUUUAUUAUUUAUAUAGCGCCAUCAGAUUCCAUGGUGCUGUAUAAUGGAGGAGCUAUGACUAGGAUUGUUGUGUUUCAAUGUAUCUUUUAUUUGCUCUGCACAUUAUUGACCUGUUACGCUUUCUGUGACCCAGGUGGCGCUUGUGCAAUGGACGGAGAGUGUUGGGUUGACUCUGGUUGGAAGAGAUCAAUCUUCCAUGCAGCUGAGGACACCUAGUGGCCAAAUUCUAAACUUCACCAUUUUGCAAAUCUUCCCCUUCACAUAUGAAAGCAAACGGAUGGGUAUAAUUGUCAAGGUUAGUAAACCGUUUUCUGUGCCAGGUUUAUGCAAUACGUCAUCGUACAUUGUAGCUAAAUUCAAAUCAUUUUUGACCAAAAUUUUUAGAAAAAAAUAAACUAUUAAAUUCUGUGAGCUUUGAAGUUGGUGGUUAGUGAGCGCCUUCCAGAUUUAUACCUUAAAAAGGAACUCUAAGCACCAUAACCACUACAACCCACUAUUGUCAGCUAGUAUUCCCGGCCAAUGUAUGGAAACAUGACAUAGCUGAUCUCUCUUGUCUUCUGCCUUUGGAAGCCCUCCCCUUCUAACCCCUUCCAGACUUUCUGUGGCUGUCCAAUCACAGACUUCCCAAUGCAGCUCAAUGAGAAGUCUUUACAAGGCAGGUGCUCUGGGCAAUUGCUGCCUCUUGAGUUUAUCUCCACUGAGCUAAACAAACCAGGAAGUAACAGGACUGGGUGUCUGAUUGACAGACAGGGGGGUGUAACAAGGUUCAUUUCGAAGUGUCAAUUUUAAUUGAAAUCUGCACUUUUUUUAAAAUGGAAAAAAAAAGAGGACACAAUCUUCACAAAUAAAGCACUUCAACAAGAUAAAUUGCUUUAAGGGUCUGGAGUGUCCCACUAAUGAAAGGUCUGAAUGCCAUGUUCCCCCAUUUAACACACAGCUAUUCUGCAGGACCGGCAAUGUUUUCCUCGCAGGGUUAACUUGCUUCUAAUGGCUGUCAAUAAAACAGACGCCCACUAGAGGCGCUUCAGUAAAAUAGCAGAGUAAAAUGGUCUCAGGCAAACUGACACACUAGCUUCCCAAUGCUGUCCUUUGGGAAAGUAUUGGAUUGGCUGAGAUCCGUGAUCUGUGAUCUCGGCCAAAGAGUCCGCAUUUGAGCAAGGGAACUGGCGCUCUCUGGGGGAAAAGCAGGCAUUAACUACCUUUUCUUAACCCUGGCAGUGCUGGCCUGGUCUCCUAAACAGUGACUAGAGCACUAUAGCAUUAGGAAUACCCAUCUCUAGAAAGUCCAUCCAAUUGGUGCAUGUGCUUAUGGAUCUCGAUCUCCAAGAACCCCGUUUUAGCCCCUUAAGGACCAAACUUCUGAAAUAAAAGGGAAUUAUGACAUGUCACGUCACACAUGUCAUGUGUCCUUAAGGGGUUAAAGAGCAAGGAAAGGUUUUUUUUUUAUUUUAGAAAUAUUUUUAAGAUAUUUGCAAAGACUGUUUUACUCCAUUAACACACAUUAUACAAAGUAACAAUACAACCCCUCACAGCAUCCACAUAUUCAGCUCUCUUUAACUUACUUUAUUGUGCUGGCAAUUGGGCUGCAAUGGCUACCUCCCUCAGAAUAGUCCCAUUUGUAUUUUCUGGUCACAAGGUGGCUUUACUGUGAUGUCUUAGAAUACACGUCGGGUCCUAUGCCUGGAGGCUUUGAUGUUCUAGCACGAUGGAUUCUUUCAUCUUCCAAACCACCUCCCAACAAUUGUUUGUGGUCGAGAGAUGAGGGCUUUGAGAAUUGAAUUCCAGACAAACGCCUGGAUGGUGGCCAUCUCGGAGCAUGCGUGGAAAGGCUGUCCUGUCCAAACAAUACAUGUUGGUUAAAUGAUUUUGAGCAGAUUGAUGUUGUGAUUCAUCCACCAUAUGAGAAAGCCCUAACCUUCUCCUGAACCCACUCCAAGGGAAAUGACUCAUGACUGAGAGAGUUGACAUAGUAUUUAUGUUGGACCCCACGCCAUAAGAUUUGAUUGGCCGGUAUUCAUUCACGGGAAGUAAGGGCUGUGCACCAUUUCCUAUGUAGAUGUCUUUAAACACCUUUAAUAAUGUCAACAAUUAAACACAAACCUCACUCUCUGAUAGCUGAGAACGGUGGAAAUCAGGUUUAAAGGAACAGUAAAUGAAGGGACAGAGCCAGGGGACUCCAGACACUAUAACCACUUCAAUGAAAUGGUUAUAGUGCCUACAAUAGUUCUUUAAGGUUACCGUUAGACUGCAACUCUCAUCAUCCAACCCACAAGACUGAGGCUUUCUAUACCUUUUUGCUCAAUUCAUUUGACCCCAGUUACAUUGUUUUUGUUCAUUUGUACAGAAUGUCUCCUGUUUUAUAAAUUUCCAAAAUUAAACAAAACUAAAACAUUUCUUUCUUUCUGUACUUUGUCCAUUAGGAGGACACUACGGGAGACAUCACGUUCUAUAUGAAAGGGGCCGAUGUGGUAAUGGCAGGAAUUGUGCAAUAUAACGAUUGGCUGGAAGAAGAGGUAAAGUGAAUGUGAUGCUGUAUCCUUAUAGAAGCAACAAAACAUAUUGUAAUUGGUUUAGAUGGACACUAGGUGGCACUGUAAGACAGUUAUACAUAAAAAUAAUCCAAAAUUAGCAAUUGGCAACUAGACUUUGGUGCCACCGAAAUUUUAGUUUCAUCUGCAGAAAAAAAAAAUUAGCUUUGUCUGAACUGAAUUUCGGCCAUUUGUUCAUUCGUUUUCAGACUAAAUUUGGACUUUUUUUAUUUCAUAAUUUAAUUUGAUUAAUGAAAUUCCAAUCCGUGUCGUGGGCCACAGCUGCUUCUUACAGCCAUUUAGUAGAUGGCUCCCUAAACUGGUACCAUUGGGAUUGCUAUUUUUAAGGGUGCCAAAUUAGGGAGCUUUUUUUUAUUAUAUCUAUAAUUUUUGGUAUCUUUAUGGCAAUCCCACAAGGAUGAGGGAGCUAUCGACUAAAAAGAUGAAAGCUUUCAGACAAUUAUACGAAUACUAAGAAAUAAUACUAAGUAUUGGUAAAUGAAGGGAGGGUGUCCUCUCUCUUACACCUACCCAGAGUGCUGUGAGUAGGGGCAUGUCUACUAAACAGCAAGCAGCAAGUGGCUUUUCUAAGACUAGCGAGUGGGCAACUACUGACCAGUCACUAAUCCAAUAAAGGGGGACCUGGUAAAGGUCUGCCAGGCCUCCAUUGUGGGCACUUAUUUAAAUAAUUAACUGGGUGCGAUAUAGUAUGAGGGCAAUUAAACUAAACUGGGAACUUAGUGUCCUCCUCCAGCCCCAACCCGGCUAUUAAAUGCAAUGUUGGGACCUAUGUGGGUUGGGGCCUUAAAUAAUAAUGGGGGAUGUGUAUCUAUUGACCCUCAGCCCCCUACACAUUGGUGGUGCGUGGGGCCCUAAAAAAUAAAGUGAGAGGUGGACCUAUGUUUGACUGAGAGUGUGCUGCUUAAAAAAAAAAACCAGUCUUCGUGACAGGUAAAUCUUGAGACUGACAGGUGGUGCCCAGUCCAGUUGCUAGUCUUUUCUUAUGACAGUGAGCAACCACUGAUGGCUUGCUGUAGUAGACAUGCGCCAACUCACGACAUGGUGGUAGGGGCAGGAGGGAGAAUUUAACUUUCCUUAUAGUAAUAUGUGGUCAUAUUGACCCCCAUAGGGUGAGGGGGAGCAUGGGGCAAUUUAGGCAGUUCAGAGCAGUUAUAUUUUUUAAUAUUAUAAGAUUACAAAAGCCGGUAGCUCCCUCCUUGUAAUAAACGAAAAACAAACGAAAGAACGAAUUGCAGGGUGAAACGACCAAUUUGUUCCUUUGUCUUUCGGAUGAAUAGCUGAAGUUCAGACAAACAUGUUCGUGCAAAAAUGAAUCCUCAAGUCUAAUGCUAACUCCCUUGAGUGUAUUAUUGUUCAGUUUUAGGCGUAUAGAAAAGAGAUAUCAGUCAGCAGCUUACCAACUCUGGAUCCAGGCCUUCCACUGACAUGCACCGUUUGCUGUCAUUUAUUAUCAUUAUAAAGUUGGGCUGACCAAUAGCUCUUGUAGAACAUUGUACAGCACUGCAGAAUUUGUUGGCUCUUUAUAAAUAAUAAUCUACUGGUUGGCAAGCUUUUUAAUACGCAGAAAUCAGGGUUUUUUUUAGUAAAGGGAGAAUUCGAAUCUGUAUUGCAAUUUCAAGGUAAAUAUAUCUGGACUGGAAACAUUCAGUUCAGCUAAUUUGACAUUAAAUUUGAAAUUAACUUUAAUCCUGUCAAUGUUCCUUUGUGUUUAGAUUGUGUUUUUGUUUUCUUUCCUCUUAAUAUGUAAUCCUUUUGUAAUAUUUUAUUGGUAUGCAUGAUAGCCGCUUGCGUUCUGUAUUCUUAAAACAUGUAUGUUCUGAUGUUUCAGUGUGGGAAUAUGGCUCGGGAGGGUCUGCGAGUACUAGUCGUGGCCAAAAAAUCACUCACUGAAGAACAGUACCAGGAUUUUGAGGUGAGAUUGUUUAGAUCUAUCUCGGUACAUUAGUGCUUUUAAAACAUUUUUUGAAAAUGAGAAAAAGGUACACAAAACAAAUAAAUUUGAAUGCACAGAGAUCAGGUUGAUAGACAGAUACAGCUUUUAGAUGUCUUUAUUUCACACAUAAGUUUGUCAUUUUAGGCUUUUCUCUUGAAAGGAAAUUCAGAUUUUAUUUCAAAAAUAGGAAAACAAAAUCAUGUUGGGUUUCUAGGGAGACCUUGUUUUUUUUUCUACAAUAUGUAGAUACAAAAUAUGCUCUAUACCAAAUAAAAAAUAUAACUGUAAAAGUUAUAAUUAUAAAAGUGUCUUUGCUAUCCAUAACCUCCUGAAAUUUUUCUAUGGUCACUUCCAAAUGGGCCGAAACUAAGGGGCCAUACGAGCUGCUCAACUGAAAAGGAUCACCCGGAACAUGCAUUUCUCAGCAGUGGUGCUUCUGUAACGACCAAAAGAGAGAAAGUAGACAAAGGUCUAAAAAUUAUCAAAUGUCUCUUUCAAUGUGAUCUUGCUCAUUGCACCUAAAGAGAAUGUGUUCUCCUGGUUUCCUCAAAGUAGGUCAGGAAAAGAGGACAGAGCGCACAGGAAGCAGAAUCUGAGGCUUCCGUAGGAUUUGAACCAUUGAUUCUUCAUAUCCAUCAAUCGAUGCCCAUAUUUAGUGUCUCCUAAUUAGAUCAGUAAGAGUCGUAGACUCUUGUGAAUAAUCCACUUCUACUCAUUAUUAUUUUGGAUUUACGGGAUUCUGUUUGUUUGCUACAGGCUCGAUAUGUCCAGGCAAAGCUCAGUGUUCACGAUCGUUCCCUGAAAGUAGCGACUGUAAUAGAGAGUUUGGAAAUGGAGAUGGAGUUACUGUGUCUUACGGGAGUUGAAGACCAGCUGCAAGCUGAUGUCCGCCCUACCCUGGAAAUGUUAAGGAAUGCUGGCAUGAAGGUACAUCACAUCCUCUGUUAGAUCAUUCACAAUUGAACACAAACUCUUGCCGUAGCUUGAUUUUUCAUUUUUCAGCUUGGGCUGCAGGCUACUGAGAUUACAUUUAACAAACGGUCCUUUCUGGAAACUUGUGCAUGAGUGAAACAUUUGAUUAGUCUGCAUUAAAUAGAUGAAAAGUUCAGCUACACUGACUUACGUCCAUUGAGCGGUUUUGUUUCUCCAAAUUAAUUUAGUUUGUUUAUUAUUUAUACAAAUCCAAUUAUGCAUUCUCAAUCUUUUCUUAAUUUUGAUCUUUCAACUGUUUAGUAGCUAAACUCCUAAAUUGGUAACUAUAUGUGAGAUUGCUAAGAAUAAAAACAUAGAAAGCUAUUUAGUAGAUAGCCCCAUUAUUUGGUAUCUUUAAAUAUAGCAAUCCUACGUUAGUUUGCAAAUUAGGGUGCUAUCUAAAAAAAAAGACGACUCUCUAAUUUGGGUAUUCUUUAAACAUGGAAAUCCUAGAUAAGGGGAACAAUUUCUGAGCUAUGUAGGGAGGAUGUUGCUGUGAAAAAGUAUUUGCCCCAUCUUGAUUUCCUCUAUAUUUACAUAUUUGUCACACUUAAAGGUUUAAUUGCUUCCUACAAAAUAUAAAUCAAGUAAACACAAAAUUCAGUUUUUAAAUGUUUAUUUUAUUGAUGUCAAAAAAAAGAUAUCCAAUAUCCGCUGACCCUGUGUGAAAAAGUAAUUAAUUGGCCUUCUUGAACUUAACUGCUUGUAUCAACUUUGGCAGAAACAUCCAUCACCAAAUGCUCCCUAGAACGGAAUGUCCGUCUUUCUUGCGGAGAACGUUUGUGUCUCAGUUCUUUGUAGAAUUGCUCUAAUUCGGUGACAUUGAAGGGUUUUCUAGCAAUACCUGCUCAUUUAUCUGUAAAAUCUGUAGGUUUGGAUGCUAACAGGUGACAAGCUGGAAACUGCCACCUGCACCGCAAAGAAUGCCCAUUUGGUGACCAGAAACCAGGACAUACAUACAUUCCGAUCUGUGAGUACACACCACGUGACACGAGAUCUCUCAUGCAAUGAUUACUGUGAAAAUGAAGACCAAUACUCUGCCUAUUUACCCAGAUAACCAGCCAUAUUUUCACAUGUUAAUUUGUAAUCCAUUGUUUUAUAUAUAAAAACAAGUUAGCAUUAUAAAUGCCUCUGGGAGCAGCCAUCUUGUAUUUUAUUAGACUACAACUGUUGGACUUGGUUCAGUUUGAUUUUUAAAAUCUUAACCAUUUUCCCGAAGGUUCAUUUUCUAGAUCCAAAACAAUUUGUUUUUAUUAGAUUAUGGAGGUUGUAAGGCACACAUUUUUUUCUUCUCAAUUACAAAGUGAUAUAUAUAUAUAUAUAUAUAUUAUAAUUUUACUUGGAUGUGCCAAGUAUUAAGUCAACACAAAAUUGUGUUUAUUGGUUUAUUUCAAUGAGGGACCUGAACUACAACAAUAAAGACUUUUAGAAAAUUUCCAGUACAUUCGACUUAAUUUUGUUUUGUUUUUUUAGGUAACGAACAGAGGAGAAGCCCACUUGGAAUUAAAUGCAUUUCGGAGGAAGCAUGACUGUGCUCUGGUUAUAUCGGGGGACUCCUUGGAGGUGGGUAUUUUAACUGGAAUAUUUUCUAAUUGAGGCGGUUUAUAAGUGGGACAUAUAUUUUGCCGUAUUGGAUGGCGUGCAUGAUCGGAGUAUUUUUGUAACUGGUAGACUGUUUGGGGGAGAUUGAUUUAAUUUAUUUCCAAUACUAUUAAAGUGGUUAUGAUACUUGCUAUAAUGGCCCCCCACUAGAAAAAGGUUUCUUUACUACAAUUAUAAUCUGAAGGUAUAAAGCUUUGUGAGAUUCCCCCCGGGCCUUUUCGAUCCCAAAUUGAUAAUUGGUUCUUGGAGCUACAGUGAUAACUCUUGUCACUGCUUAAAGGACCACUAUAGUGCCAGGAAAACAUACUCGUUUUCCUGGCACUAAAGUGCCCUGAGGGUGCCCCCACCCUCAGGGACCCCCUCCCGCCCGGCUCUGGAAAGGGGAAUGGGGUUUAAACUUACAUUUUUCCAGCGCUGGGCGGGGAGCUCUCCUCCUCCGAUCCUCCUCCUCUCCUCCCCGUCGGCUGAAUGCGCGCGGCAAGAGCUGCGCGCGCAUUCAGCCGGUCACAUAGGAAAGCAUUCAUAAUGCUUUCCUAUGGACACUGGCAUGCUCUCACUGUGAAAAUCACAGUGAGAAGCACGCAAGCGCCUCUAGUGGCUGUCAAUGAGACAGCCACUAGAGGAAAUAGGGGGAAGGCUUUACCCAUUCAUAAACAUAGCAGUUUCUCUGAAACUGCUAUGUUUAUGAAAAAAGGGUUAACCCUAGCUGGACCUGGCACCCAGACCACUUCUUUAAGCUGAAGUGGUCUGGGUGCCUAGAGUGGUCCUUUAAACAGACUUGCGUGCUUUUGUUGCAUGAACAGAAUAUUCAAGGAUAUAGUUGGUAAACCUAUAAACAAGUUGUUGAUCCAAGGAGAAAUCUGGUUGUCAUUAUGGAGUUAAGAAGGAUUUUCUCCCCCCUUUUGUGGCAUAAUUAGAAAUGGCUACAAUCAGGGUUUUGCCUUAUUUUGGAUCAACAGCAUAAAUAAUGAGUUUCAAAGUUGACCUUAAUUGACUUUAGUCUUUUUAUCAACCUAGACAAUUAUGUAAUGAUAUGCUAUAAUUAUAAUCUGACAAAUAGUAUCAUUUUUGAUAUGGACACUUAAAUAAUUUUUAUUUUUUGAAAAUUGAAAAUGAAAACGUGCUAUUUGAAUCCGUAUUACAUUCGGGGCAAAAUUAGAAAGUUUUUCAGUGAAUUGCAUUCUGGCAAAUUUACACAGGAGAAUUAUAAUUCUGGCGAAUUCACCCAGGCAAGCAAACAUUUUCAUGGUAGCACAAUGUUGUAUAGUAGAAUCGUGUAUAAAUGCUAAUUAAAUACGCCAAAAAAAAAAAAAAAUCAUUUUUCAGCUUCCAGGUUUCAAACAUUGAGGAGCACAUUAGAUUUGAGUAAAUACGGUAAAAAGAUGGAGAAACACUCUAAUUUAUGGGUACAGAACCAAGAAUAUAUCCGCAGUGCUGUAUACAUUUAGUUUUUAUCUUUCUUUUCACCCCCUCCUAUUGUAGAAUUGUGUGCAUGCUCUAGAUCUGUGUUUGAAAAGCUAAAUCUUUACUAUUACCAUUUACAGGAAAGAAACAUUCAUAACAAACUCUACAAACACUGCCAAAAAUAACAAAGUAUUUGUGACGGAAAUGUGUGUGAUAUGUAAAUCCUAUCAGUACAAACCCCUGUGUCUUUAUCAAUACUGUCCCUUUCAUACAUGGAAUUAAUGAGAUUGUUCAUUUGAACCUUUUGUUUUUAUUGUAAAAUGUCAGCCCGAGCUGGUGUAUCAGCAUUCUUCUUUCUAAUCGUAAUUCUUAUUAUUUUUUUAUUAUUAAUAUAGCGCCAGCAAAUUCCGUAGCGCUGCACUAUGGGUGUUUCAAGUUCUGUUUUCUUGUUUAGGUUUGUCUGAAGUACUAUGAGUAUGAAUUCAUGGAGUUAGCGUGUCAGUGUCCCGCCGUGGUGUGCUGCCGCUGCGCUCCCACUCAGAAAGCUCAGAUUGUGCGAUUGCUGCAGGAACGGACGGGGAAACUCACCUGUGCUGUCGGUAUGAAAUGUUCCCCCAAAAAUAGUGAAAUGUUUCAGGAUUAUCUGUUUGUAGAAAUCCUUCCUGACCGAUUUAUUCUCCGAAUGGGAAUAGAGAACUGCCAAGCAGUGGUGUAUCCUGGUUUUGUGCUGCUCUAGGCAGGACAAAACUCAGGCCCCCCUAUACCCCCGCUCAACCCCACCCAACCCUUCCCCCGUCCCACCUUCUAAAUACACACACAGACACAGACACACACACACAGACACACACAGUCAGACACACACACAGUCAGACACACACACACACACAGUCAGACACACACAAACACACACACACACACAGUCAGACAUACACACAAUCACUCACAUUAACACUUUUUUUUUUUAAUUUAUCCCCCCCAGCCUCCUUACCUUUGGGAAUGCUGGGGGGGCGUUCCUCUUUCUCCCUGGUGGACUAGUGGCUGCCGGUCGGGCUGAUGGGCUGGCGGGCGGCGCUGGGCGGGCGGGCGGCUGGCGAGGGAGCACUUCCUCUGAGCGGUCUGCUCAGCUCCCUCACGCGCCGCAGAGUGUGGCUGGGAGCCGGGUUGAUGACGUCAUAUUCCGGCUCCCAGCCUCACUCUGCCACGUGCGAGGGAGCUGAACAGACCGCUCAGAGGAAGAGCUCCCUCGCCAGCCACCCGCCCGACCAUAAGCCAGCGCCGCCCGCCAGCCCAGGAUGUCAGGCAUUUGCCCUGGGCAUUUGGGGGCGGCGUUUUUUGCCACCCCCUGAAAAAUGCCGCCCAAGGCAUAUGCCUUGGUUGCCUCACGGCUAAUACGUCCCUGCUGCCAAGUGAUACUGAGAACUGAAAUAGACAAACAAAAAGGGCGCAAAAAUGGGUCAAUCUGUGUACUGCGAAAUACACACAUAACAUAUAUAUAUAUAUAUAUAUAUAUAUAUAUCUAUAUAUCUAUCUAAGCACAAAAGUCCUUGCACGCAGACUGACCCAAAUAUUUAAGUGCCAGGUGGACGAUAAGCCAUAGCCAAAAAUAUAAUAUAGUAAAGGACGGAUUGCACUCACGGUCCUUUGGAGAUAAAAAGUAUUCCUUUAUUAGAAGUUAUUCCAUAAAAUCAAUCUAUAUAUAUUAAACAUAAGAUGUAAAUAUAGAUUUUUUUUUAUUUUUUUUUAAUCUAUUGGUCACUUCUCACAUGAUGUGUCCCCCAGCCAUUAAUAAUCUUUCAUUUUUUGGGUGGGGGUUUGGUGCCAGAAUUCAGAAGAAGUUUUGUUCGUCAUUUUGCAUCGGAUUUAGGAAAUUCAAGUGAUCUCCCGAACGACCCAAAUGCAGAUGAAUUACAUUUCGGCCCAAAUUGAUUGUAUGAAUAAACUAGAAUAACAACUUAGUUGGAGAGUUCUUCCAGCUCGACUCUAACUUGAAUUUUGUGAUUUCCCACAAUGCCUGGUUUUUAUAUGUGUUUCUCUCUAAACUUCUGUUUUUUAUUUUUUUAUUUUAUAAUUCUUGAACUUGUUUGCUGCUCAAAAUACAGAAAAGGGAUGUAAACAGAAAUAUUUUAAUAUUUUCAAAAGCAUCAUUUAAAGUGAUAAAUAUCUCAAAGUUUACAGAUCAGCCUUUAACUGCAGGAGAAUCUGGAGGUGAUUAAAGGGGGAGUCAAAACAUUUUAUAAAGAUUAUUUUUUAUUUUUUAAAUGGUUGAUGAGCUCAACACAGACCAGAGAUCUGAAUGAGCAAUUUGUUUGGUUUAUAUUUUCCCUGCCACGUCCUACACACACCGCAAGGGAUUUUAAUUUCUUUGUAAACUGACCAAAGCAAAUUGAAGAUUAUGCUAGCUUUAGUGUACGAAUAAUCUUAAUUUUAAUAAUGACAGGAGGCGAGUAUUUUGCAUAAUCUUCCUUUACUACUAUAUAGCAGCAAAUAUAUAUAGAGGAAAAAAGGAACCAAUCAGAAACAGGCAGAGAGUAUAAGAUACGCCUUCCACUGAGUCACUUUCUCUUAAUAACGGCGACAUCACAAGUCACACGAUCAACUGAAGAGCCAUACGGAAUAACAAAGACCAUUCAUAUUCCAGGUUGGAUUAAUUAAAAACUGGGAACAACGAAUAUCCUUGUACGCUUGAUGUAGAAGAUCCGUUUGUGUCUUUUAAGCUGAAAGGGCGAGCGUUUUAGUGAUAUGGAAUGUAAACCUGAACAAUAUGAGUAACCCUCAAAUAAAAGGUGCGCGAUAAUUCGGUACUAUCACAAUCUAUCAUGAUCUAUAAAAUCUAACCUAUGUACCAUAAUAUAGUUACCUAAUAUAGAAUAUCCAUACAUUUAUCAACUAUAUAAGAAAAACAACCCCAACUUUCCAUUUAGAAUGAAUAGAGUCAGUUACGUAGUCACAAGAAAACGACCAGUACCAUAUUGAUAACAUACAUCACCUACCUGGAGAUGCGAACCCACCUGAAUGGGAGGGAAAUUCAAUAGGGGGGGGGAAAUACUCGCCUCCUGUCGUUAUUAUAAUUAGGAUUAUUAGUACACUAAAGCUAGCAUAAUCUUCAAUUUUAUCACAUGACAGGAGGUUUCAUAUUUAGAAUUUUUAGCGCUUAGGUAAUAGAGAGAAAGUGGUAAUGGAGGACGAGUGAGAGUAAAACAUCCGAAAGGUGGGUUCUCUGCACCAGGCUGCCGAGAGCAAUAUAUCUCAUAAGGAGGCCCCCGCUGUGAAGGCGGAAGAGGCAGCCGCACCCCAAACAGAGUGCACGCAGAAGGAAGGGUCAAUCCUGGAAAGAGAUAAAAGCCAUUGUACCCAGAGGGUCAUGGUGGUAACCGAGAUUUGCCCAUGUGGCUUAAAGUAGGACACCAAUAAUUGUCGGGAAGAGGCCAUAGCCGUACAUAAGCGUGCAGUGUCUGGACCACGUAGAGUUGGGUUCCGAUGGAAAAAAUGGGUAAAAAGCCGACGUUGAGUCCAUCUUGUACAUCGAGACACCCAAAGAGUGACACCUUUCGGAGAAAACGAGAAGGCGUCCACGUGGACUGAUCGAAUGUCCAAAAUCUGACCAAUUGACCCUUGAAUUCCAAGCUGAGAGGGGCCCAUGAGUCCCAGAGUAUAUCUCUAGCCGAUGACGAUAAGUCAUCGGUGCAUCAAGCACCCCCGAAAGACUCGAGGCCACUAAAGAGAUAUGUCCUUAUAGCAUGGGAUGAGGAUUCCCCAUGGAAUCCAUGAGUAUCAUCUGAUCAUCUGUUAAUAGUGGAGGGUCCUGGUAUGACAGUGAGAGGAGAUCUGGGGACCAAGGUUGACUUUGCCACCAGGGCGUCACCAGGGGGCUUGCCAUUUCCAGCUAUCUGAUGUGGUGAACCAUUUUUGCAAACAUUGCAAAGGGUGGAAAUGCGUAAGUCCCUUCUGAUGGCCAUGCCUGCAGGAACGCGUCUACCACUGCACCCUCCAGGUCUGGUAAUCCGCUGUAGAAUAUCGGUAGUUGGCGGUUGGUGCUAGACACGAAAAGUCGAUCGUGGUAGGCAAUAGUCGAAGAUUUCCUUUGUGAGGUGCGUCAGUUUCUGAGAACAAAUGCCACCUAAGUGGUUGAUGUGAUGAAGUGCGGAGAAAUUGUCCAUGCGUAGCAGGAUACAGCAAUUUGAUCUCCCUUUUGUUAGACUUCAGAUAGCAGAGGCGCCUGCCAACAAUUUCAGACAUGUAUACCUUCGAGCCACCAUCAAAGUUCUUGUCUGAUUUCUUACGCCAUGGGUACCGGUGAAAAAGGGAGGUUAUGAUUCUGGUCGGAGAGUAGAAUGUCGUCCAUCGUAUGCAUUGACCCCGUAAGUAAGCCAUCACUGGUUUCAGAAACUUUCGCAAAGCACUGUGGUGCCGAACUGAGCCCGAAGGGGAGGCAGGUGAAAUGCAAUGGUGUACCAUUCCAGUGGAACUGUAAGGAGGGACGACUGCCAUUGUCUACUGGUACAGGCAGGUAGUGGUCUUUAAGUCCAGGCAGGUAAACCAGUCUCCUCCUUGCUGGAGGUGCCGCAAUAGAUGGAUACCUUCCAUCUUGAAAUAGUAGUAUGUAAAAAUGUUUAACCAGGAAAGAGACAUUCAGAUAUUUUCUAGUUUCCAAGUGCAUCCUAUUGAUGUAACUUUAACCCAAUGUAAUGGUAUUCAUUUUAUCUACCUCAAAGGGCUGAGUUACCCUGCUGGGGAAUUGAACCUGUGACCCCCAAGGGUUGAACAGAUUCUUCUGACAAAGCAUUAACCUUUCAUCAAAUACUCACCAAAUAAUUUCCAUGUGCCUGUGGACCCAAUAUUUUAGCCCCGAGGUUUACCAAUUUGCCAUCAAUUCGGAAUAAGGCUGCCCAGCAUCUCUCCGAAAAGAGGGCCAUAUUUGUGUUGCUCAGUUAGCAAAACAUCUCUGGGGCCACUCACGAACAUCAUGCACCCCGUCGCGUGCGUUGUCUGCUGAAAGGAGUCAGUCAGUAUGCCUCAUCCAUUAGGGUCAGAACCCAGGCGAGUGGCCUGACAUGAUCGAGGGGCUUAUCCUGGGCUCCCUUGCACCCUUUAUCAACUCUUUUUUUCCUUGAGUCUCUAGCCCCUCGUGCAAUGAAAGCCAGCAUCAUCUGGUCAAAUUCUGGGAUAUAGGCGACCUUAUCCGGAGUGCACUCUGAUCUCAGCCGCUUGCAGACCUCCUUGUACAGUGCCUUCCGCAGCCAGAAGUUCAUGUGUCCAACCUCCCGAACUUGGGUGGCGAAUGUUUCUCGGGUCAAAGAGCAUUGGCCCGUGGUGUCAAAAAAGAGCGCUUGCUGAAACCAGCUCUUCCUCCACAUCUUAUAUUUUUUUGGAACUGUGACUUGGACUCUGGUCUUUGGUUUAAAAAUAAAAUAAAAAUCUUAUUCUAGAGAUAAUGUCAACUAGGUUUGUUGAGACGUGGUUGAUUAGAUGAUGUACACCUGUGGAGAUCCAUAUCCAUUAUAUUUACAAACCUUGAACUCUUUCAAGAAGUAGCUUUGCAAGUGUUGUGGUAGUAUUUUGCUUUACUUUCUGUUUAUAUGUUAAGGCAUGUGUAGGCGUGAAGAUCAAAUUAAUGCAUUAGACACACCAGUAAAUUGCGACAGCAAAUUUUAUCCAGUUUCCCCAUCUUGUAUGUCCUUAUACAGUAUUCUUCAAUUCCUUUACUGUGUUAGCCUUAUACACAUCCUGAGCAUUCUUCAAUUCCUUUACUGCGUUAGCCUUAUACACAUCCUGAGCAUUCUUCAAUUCCUUUACUGCUUUAGCCUUAUACACAUCCUGAGCAUUCUUCAAUUCCUUUACUGCAUUAGCCUUAUACACAUCCUGAGCAUUCUUCAAUUCCUUUACUGCGUUAGCCUUAUACACAUCCUGAGCAUUCUUCAAUUCCUUUACUGCGUUAGCCUUAUACACAUCCUGAGCAUUCUUCAAUUCCUUUACUGCGUUAGCCUUAUACACAUCCCAAGCAUUCUUCAAUUCCUUUACUGUGUUAGCCUUAUACACACACCGAGCAUUCUUCAAUCCCUUUACUGUGUUAUCCUUAUACACAUCCCGAGAAUUCUUCAAUUCUUUUUCUGCGUUACCCUUAUACACAUCCCGAGCAUUCUUCAAUUCUUUUUCUGCGUUAGCCUUGUACUUAUUCCAUCUCUCAUUUGUUGAUUCCUACAGAGUUAGUUUUUACAGGAAGUAAUGGUGUUUGUCUUUCCAAUUUAAAUGUAGGCAAUGGUUAGUUCACUGAUACACAACAUCGUAGUUCUAACUGUUGUUUUUGCCAUUAUGUUUGUACCCUUUGAUGUCAUUCUGUCCUCUAAGAAGUAAGCACAAGGCCACAAAAAAAUAUUCGUUAUUUCCUUAUGAAAGGUGGUAGCUUGUCUUUUAGGAAGACUCUCACUCACGUUUUUUCAUUCUAGAAUUAGGCAUAUUGUAUUAUUAGUUGUACCCAAAACAUAUCAGAGAUGUCAUGAAUCUAGUCCUCAUUAAUAUGAAUACUGUGUUUGAUUUUCACUAUGUGAAUUGCAGGUGACGGAGGUAACGAUGUGAGCAUGAUCCAAGAAGCUGACUGCGGAGUAGGAGUGGAAGGAAAAGUGAGUAUUUAUUGACGGAGAGUAAUGGGAGUUACAGUGUAGUGUAAUAGAUUAGUUACAUUUUAUUUUAAUGAAAUGUAAUAGGAACAUUUUAAUUUCAGACUUUCCAUACAAACAAGAGACAAGUCAUAAAUAAAGAUUGACCAAAAAGAAAUAGCCUAACGUGGUCUACAGAGGAAAAUUAACUAAUGGCAGAUAAAUGUUGGCCUAAAGUGGCUCUGUCACCUUUUAUUCCCCUCUAUAGGUAUGUCCCAAAUCCACCCUCUGCCAUCCCAUUUAAAAAAAAAAAAAAAUUGUUUAAAACUAAGUUUAUUUUUUGGGAGCGGCGUGUCACUGUGUUGGCUCUUGCGCAAUUGCGGGCUUCGGCACAGUUCCUUUGCAAGACGUUGGGCAUACAUUGGGUUUCAAAUGACUUACAAACCCAACGAAGGACAGAACAUCCAAUUAUCAGCCACCUCAGAAAUAAAGAGGGUGGCACCAUGAAAGCAGACCCAGUGGAACUGGCACAACAUUGGAAAAGGAAAGUUGUCUCGGGACAUGAAAUGGUUGGAGGGGGCUAUAGGGAGGUACCCCUGGCCCAUCCCCCAAAUUACUGACAGAGAGGUUUUAAAUGGUUAAGUCCAUGUGUUGUAUGGAAAGUCUCAGUCAUAGUUUUUGAGUCGUAUGGAAGGCAUCUUCUGCAAAUAGAUUUUUACUGUUGUGGGUUUGUUUGAUUUCAGGAAGGGAAGCAGGCAUCGCUUGCCGCAGAUUUCUCCGUCACACAGUUUAAACAUUUGGGAAGGUUACUUAUGGUGCAUGGGAGGAACAGCUACAAGCGAUCAUCGGCCUUGAGCCAGUUCGUCAUCCACCGGAGUCUGUGUAUCAGCACAAUGCAGGUAAAAACUAAUCUGGCCGUGUCAACACCUUUUCACUUCCUACUCAUUGACCACGGCUGUUUCUUUAAAGCGACUCCCUUUGCAGGCUUUGUUUAUAAAUGUAUUCUUUUUUUUGUUCCUCGAUUUUGUCUUGUUUUUAUUUUUUUAUUUUAUUUUUUAAAUUCCCCUUUUUUUAACAAGGGACUUUAAAGAAAAGAAAACUGAAAGAAAAAAAAAUCACUUGGCUGCAUUAAAUAACAUUUUAAUUUAGAUUAUUACAGUAAAAAGCAGACUUAGAAUUAGAAAAUUGCAAUAUCGUGGCUUCCCAAAGUAGUACUGAAAUUCGUAGGCUAUAAAGGAUUCCAUGUAAGAACUAUAAAAUAAAUACAUAAAUUAAAACAUUCGAAGUGGAGAACAAUGAUUAUUUAAAAAUAGUUAAAAUUAACAAUUCUGCUAAAUGUUUUCUGAACUCUCCUGAAUAGUGUUUUUGUUAAGAUGACCGAUCCAAUUUAAAGGUUAAAAUCUUGACAUCGGAAGGGCGUGACCUGCCGCAGAGCUGAAUGGAAGUGCACUAGAUCAGCUCCUCCAACUCGGACAGGCAAUCUGCUGCAAUAGAAAACUUGAAGAGGACAUGGGUAACCCGAAAAAGCAGUAUAACCCUCACACCGCUUCAGGGAAAACCACCACACAUAAAUCAGGUUCCCUAACUAAAUUCAUCAGAGAUUCUGGCAACCGUGAGGGAGAUGCCUCCGACAAAAAUGGCGCCGACACAGGCUUCAACGGCCUCCUCCUCACAGAGCCUAGCUCCGUUGGAAGGCUCAUCGUUGUUACAAGGACCUAUUUACAACACUCACAGAACUCUUUAACUUUAUAUUGGGGGAACCCAAUGAGACUUCUAUAGCACUGGACAGGGCCCACCGAUCUCUCAGACCCUGAGGUGCGACCGACGAGGAGCCGAGAGACGUAAUUUGCCGCAUUCACUACUUCACUGUGAAAGAUCAAAAAAUACGAGAAUUGAGAAAUACCUUAUGACCCUUAUUGUUCCAUGGCCACCAACUCCAAAUCUAUCCAGAUCUUUCUUGGCUUACACUACAAGCUAGAAGAACGCUAAAGCCCAUAACAGAACAUCUAUCGAACCGAGACCUGAGGUACAGAUGGGGCUUCUGCUUCGCACUCAUUGUCAACCACAAGGGUACUACACACUCCAUUUCUACAUAUCUAGUUGUGAAGUCAUUUCUGCAGGCUUUGGACCUCCUGGAUACACACAUCCCAGACUGGUACUCCCCUUAAGCAGAUUCUGGGUCUCAGAGCCUUCCCCAGCAGCAUAGAUGGCAUGCAACCUCCAAGAAACAAAGAACGGAACCUCGACCCGGCUCUUCAUGCCAAGGCCCAUCUACGGGACACUAAACAUACACGCCAAUUGCUGGGAUUACAAACCUGCUUUAACCGGACUGGGUGAAUGGACCAUGGCAUUUGGGAUUCUUACCCAUAAAUUCCCCUUAGCACUUCGCCGAUGACCAGACAAGCAAGAACUCUAUCUCCGGGACCUCACUGCAUAAUCCUAGGGAUGUAUACACAAGGACGUCUCAAUGCCGGUCUAAGAUCCUGGGUGUAUUAACAACGCAAUGAACACUAGGCUAAGAGUUGAACACUUGAACCACUUAUGACAACAGGCAGGUCGUAUGUUGCAGAUUUUAAUGAUAUGCUAUAAUGUUAGGGUAUUACUAUAUGGUCCCGGAGAGGUACGCCCUGACUGGUAGCGUACAGGAAACAUAUCAAUGUGGAUGUCUAAUAUGAAGAUCUAGGGGAGAUGGGGCUCAUCCUCAUCCCCCUCACCACCCCUCUCCCAUUGUCAUAACAAGCUGGUGAUCACCAUCCAUCAGGUGUUUUUUAGAACCUCAAGAUCAAUCUUAAAAUCCUUUCUCUGGUCACAUCAGCACCCACGCAUAGCUUAUAACCUGCUGGUAAAACCCUGGGAAGUGGGGGGACUGGCGUUACCAGAUAUAGCGCAAUAUCACAAAGCCACAUACCUGGCCAGGUUAUACGAGUGGACCGACACUAAUAGGAAGUUACAAUGGGUCAAGAUUGAGGCAGUUGUCCUCGAGAUACCUAUUCACACUAUCCCGUGGCACAAAUCAGGCCGGUCGUUUAUUACACAAAAAUCCCACCCGACCAUCACAGCUACAAUCAUACUCUGGGAAUCGAUUAGACAAAGCGAACACCUGUCACCCCACCCCUCGCCCUUAUACCCGCUCUCGCACAACCCUCUCUUUCCGGAAGGGCAACCGGGCACAACAUAUAGGUCAUACAUGACACACCAUUUCUAAUGCUACAAACAAUCACGCAAGGCAGUGGAAUGAAAGAGUUAACUCAAAUUAUCUUGACACAGCCCGCCACCGGUAUACAACAUCUCCAGUACACACAACUGGCCCACUUCAUACGAUGUACCAACCUACUACCGGAGGGAAAUAGGGAACUGACUAAGCUUGAGCAACUAUGCAUACACCAUCAAUCCUCCAUGUAUAACUUACUGUACACAGUCCAAAAUCCAGGGCUCCCUCACUUCACAGAGAAAUGGCAGGAUGAAUUAGCGCUGACAAUCACACCAGGUCAAUGGAAAGCAAUAUUUAUGCGUGCACACAAGGCAUCCACAAACCUUACAUCCCAAGUGUAAUUAUAAACACAUUGUGCAUUGGCACUAUACAGAGAUCCACAACUCGUCACCUGAUACGUGCUGGUGGUGCCAUCAGCACAACGCAAAUUCCUCACAUAUCUGGUGGCAAUACCCCAUGGUUCAGAAGUACUGGAAACGCAUACACUCACUUAUACAGACCAUUACCUACAUCACGCUCCCAUUCUCCCCAGAACACAUGCUUCUCUUACUACCCCCGCAAAACCAACAGCGACAAACUAUGCACUCACCUACUCAUAGCGGCGAAUCAACUAAUUCCGGCAAAGUGGAAACCGCCAAACCCACCUACAGUGAGGGAAUAGAUCGCAAGGGUAGAGAGUAUAAAACAAAUGGAAGAGAUUACACACAACAGGGCAAAAGAAUGCAGGAAAUUUAUAGAAACAUGGAGGACAUGGACAGCCUUCCAUGGGUCAGAAACCCAGCCUCACUGAAUACAUCCUCACCCCCUUAUUUGGCACGGGUAAAUACCGUGGGCGCCACUCACAAUACAACCUUAAUCACACGGCUCCACUUAAGCAGAUAAAUGGCAUUUCUGGCUAUCGUUCCCCUACCAAAGGUGCAGGGCUGUCAGACCAGUUGUUGGGCGAGUCUGAUCUAUAGCAGGCAUUCAGGAUCGGGGGUGAUAACAUGUUUUAUAUUUAUCCUAUGUAUCCCAGUUUCACAAGGGUAGUCCGCACCGGUCAGUCUCAUCAGCUGAGAAAUGUCCAGUGGUCAGAUAGGUGUUACUCUAAGGAAUUAACAAAACAACAUGUUCGUAUAUGAUCCAGGGACCUUGGUCUUAGUCGAAGCAGAGUUAAAACGGAGCAUAACAAUUAUUUCUAUGGAUCAGCUUUUCCCUAUGCUACACUUUACAUUGUAUCAGUAUGUUCAUCGACUGUCGAUAAUAUCUGUUAAUCGCUGCAAAACCAUUGGUUUCUAACCGUUCAUUUUCUAACCAACCUGUUGGUGAUUUUAUGUACCAAUUGGACAUUAUACAAUAAAACCUUUAAAACACAAAAAACUAAAAUCUUGAUAUCGGUGACAUAUUUUGUUUGUAAAGAUGGAAAUGGCUGCAUUCUGAGAGGCCAUGCGAACACUCCGUAAAUAGCCACGCUUGUAAACAGAAGGAAACGGUACAAUUGAAGUGCUGACAGAACGCGUCAUAUAAUGACUAAUACGGCUUAAUAGAAGGAAAUUCUUUCUUUAAACAAUGUUAGUCCAAAUAAACAAACAGUCCGUGAUAUGGCCAUGAAUACAAAAUAGCGGACUAAUUACAUAGCGUUUUAUAGAAUAGCUCUGUGCAGUGAUUCUGUCCUGCUCCGGGCUGUGGAUAAUUUUAGUGUUUGAACUAGUUACCAGGUUUAAACUGGAUUUUCCUUGCGUCAGAGUUAUGGUUUUUGUCUUUAUAAUCAGUCUAAUACAGAAAGAGGAAAAAUAAUAAAAGGGGAUUGGAGACCUGUUAAGACCACCUGGUAUCUCUCCCAUUCCUUGUAAAGUGUGUGUUGAUUUUAAGAGACCUGACCCUAGUGUCUACAAAAACCGCAGAGGUCUGUGAUCUCUGAAGAUCAUUUUAUUAUGGUUAUCCUCUCAGGUGGAGACUGCGAGGCAGAAGUAGGUGUCCUCUCAUUAACCUAAACUAUAUUAGACUGGAGGAGAGGGAGCAAGGAUUAUGGGGUUGAUCUGCCUGACAUGCACAGAUCCCUUGCUCCCAAUUCUAGACUUUCAAGUAAAGAUGAGGCUGGAGGGGGUCCUGUACCCCCAGAACCCAGUGUGUGUUCUCAUCUGCUCCCCCUUGCACGUUUUGUUUUCCAAAUACUCUUUUAUUUUCAUGCAUAUUUCCAUUUGAUUAUUGAUUUUUUUUUUUUAAGAUUUAUGAAUAAUCACUUUUAAUCUACCCAGUUAAAUGUCAGAAAUAGCUCCCUUCUCUGCUAUACUUUCUGUAUUACUUAAAGCCCAUCUCUGAAAGAUUCAAUAUGUGAUGUAGCUAGUUAGGAAGAAAAUGACCAGGUGCAUCUUGGGGAAUAUGUUCUCAACGCAAGUAAAAGGGAAUGUAAGUUUCAUUAGUUUAUACAAAUAUCUUUCAUCUUUCAAAUGAACCAUUUAAAAAGUUAUCAGAGCACAGACUAGCUUUAUGCUUUGUGAAUUAAUGCAAUACAAGUUAACACAGCAUAGAAACAUUUUAAGUGAUCAUUUUAUUGUACAGUUUGGAUAUGAUAAUAAUGACUCCUCUAAACACAUUGUGUAAGUUUUGGUAACUUGACUUUGUGUAAUUCAAAAAAAAAUUAUCAGCCCAAAUGAACCUUAUUUUAUAGUGCGCAGUGGGGUGGAGCGCAGCUAGGUUGUAACUUGUUUUUAAUUCCACCAAACUCACAGCUUUUUAAAGUACUAAACUUACGGCCAUGGACUUCAGAGAAAGCUUUCCAUAAAUCACAUUCUUCAAAGCAGGAUUUCCCCGAUUAUAUUCUUUAUUCAAUAGUUUAGAUUUUUAACCUAUACUUCCUCCCCAGAGAGGUGUCCACACAAUCACUGGGCAGCGUUCCCUAUUCACAUCGACCUCAGAUAAACCGCAGCCCAUCAACCUUAAAGCGGCAACCUAAAGACGAGUUUUUCAGAAUGAUAAAAACUUGCUUAUGUUGACUGUGUAAGAGUUUCAUUAAAAUUACAAAUGACUUUGUCUGAUGUAGGACGUGUUUGGCACAUCCCACCAUCGUACUCCUGUGGCUGCAGUUGUUCUGGCUCCUGGAUACAGUGUAUACACUCUUCAAGCCACAAUAUAUUAAUUUCUUUAAAUGCAAGUGAGAAAAUGUUGCAGAUAUUACUCAGUUACAUUUCUUCUAUUUAACAGGCUGUGUUUUCCUCAGUAUUUUACUUCGCCUCGGUCCCACUCUACCAAGGGUUCCUUAUCAUUGGGUAAGUAAAUAUUUAUAUAUUGAAGAUGUCCUUUGCGUGUCCGAGUGAGGCUGGCCAGCUUCACUCAUUGGCUGCACGAUAUGUUGCAUUGAUACUGUCCACGUAGUUUUUGUUAUAAUAUAUUGCCUGUGUACGUCCCACCAAUCCCGGGUAAGGACACUUCGCAUUAUUGGAACACUAAGUUUAUCCACAACCUUCUCACACUAUCAGUCUCCUUCUCUUGCAGAAGCCACACUGUAAAUAUUGAGACAAACAGGGAACAAGUUAUGCAAAUCCUCACACAUUACAACGUCAGCCAUGAGCUUUGCCCACGAAAAAGUAUAAUCUUUGUCAGUGACGCGCCUCUAAUUUAUGUCUAUGGAGGGCACUGUAACGGAGGGCACUGACUCCAUUCUGCUCAGAGCUGGGAUUUCUGGGACUAGUAAUUCUGUUAUCUGCUUUCUACUUACGCGUGCAGUUAGCUGAACUACAACUCCCAGAAACCCUUGCUGUGCAUCAUGAUGGGAAGUACAAACUGUGUUCUCGGAGCUUGCAGGUAAAGAGGUAGGGACAGAAAGUACAGCAACCCGCAAAAAGGACGUGUAUUAUAAUGAAUGAGGUCAAAAACAAGCAGUGGGGGUUAGCAAGGUUGUGCUGGUGUCUGAAUUGUCCCUUUAAGGACUUUUUUUUUUUUCUAUUCUUCCUCAAUACAGUAAAUUUAUUCAAUCUAUUAAUCGGUUUCUGCCACCUUUACUGGAGUGCGUUACUAUGGAUCCACUUCAUUCUAGGAACAGGUCUUUGCUGUGGGUGCUCCCAUUGUUAGAAACCUGAUACAAUAAUUAGUCACAAAGCGGUCUCCCAUGCCAGAGUGCUCAGUGGGAGCUUUGCAAGGAGUAGAAAUCGCUUUCCUAUAGUAACAAUGUAAUAACAGUACAGUAUCUUUCAUGGUCCUUCUUCAGCCGCUUUGUCAGGAAGAAUUGGGAAAACCGUAAAAGGACUGACUGCUUGCUAUUUUCAAAUCUCUUUAUCCACCCUUCCUGCGUGGUUUGGGACCAUAUCAUAGUCAGAGUAAGGCCACUCCACCCCGCCACACACAAGUGCAGGUCUCUUUGAAUUGGUGGUCCCCGAGGGCCGGAGCAAUGUAAUCAGGAUACAGACUAGGUCACUCGCCAAGCACUCUUUAUAUUACACAAGACAUUAUUAUGGGAAUUCAUUUCAGGAAAAGCUGAUUGAGUGAGUCACAGCGACUAAUAAAAGAUUCGAGUGUUACACCUUUUUAUGGACACUUGUGUUUAUAGCAGCCAAGCAUCGGGGUGUCCUAUAUGUGUAGAAAAGGGGUACAAAAAAACCCUGGUGCUAACAGAGGAUAAUUCAGCGAAAUUAGAAAAAUAAAUAAAUGGAGCAAUCGUGGAAGUUCUAUCCAUUUCCUAAAAUGUCUAGUUUUUGCAUGUCUCAUUAAGAGUUCAUUUAUUCCGCAGUUCUGAUUUCUGGUAUAAAUUCUCCAAAUAACUGGAAUUAGCUGAUUUCUGUGUCUUUCCAGCUAUUCCACAAUCUACACAAUGUUCCCUGUGUUUUCUUUGGUUUUGGAUAAAGAUGUGAAGUCGGAAGUUGCCAUGUUGUAUCCCGAGCUCUAUAAAGACCUCCUUAAGGUAAGUUCUCAGUUACCUGACUUAACUGCACCCAGAAAAAAAGGUUAUUUACUUUAUUCAUGACACGUUGGAGAAAGAAAUGGAUCUUGCUGAGUUCGAGCUAAUUUGUUGCAAAGCACUAAUACAGAAGGAAUAAAGUCAUAUUUUUAUGGCUGGAAGUGAUGUUUACCACCAAGGGUUAAACCCACAUAUAAAAAAAUAAAUAAAUGACAAAGUAGCAAAGCAAGGUUUUUAAUUUUUUUCUAUUUAAUGUUCUCUGUUCUAUAUAAAAACAUAUCGAUAUAUUACUGUCCCUUUAAAUAACUCCUGCUGGCAAAUCAUUCUACAUAUCAGGAACAAACGUACACUCACAUUGUUUUCUCUUCAGUCUGUUUAACAAGUAAUUAGUCAAAUGAAUAACAAUAUGUUAAGUGACUGCUGCGUUUAAGAGCAGAACUGUUACAUCUGAGAUCAAUGCAAAGCCCAGUCCCCAACUAAAGCUUAGCUACACGCUGUGCUUUUAGUUUACUAAUAUUCUAACAAACACUAACAUUUUAAACACAUGACGUUUUUCUUUUUGAAAUAUUGUUAUUUACAUGGAAUGCCAGCAAUGUUCUGUUUUUACCUUUUGUGGUUUAUUAACAUAGGGAAAUCGAUUUAUUUUGAAUCCACAAUGCCACUUGUCUUGAAGUAAAAGUUCGUAGCAUGUUGCAUGAAACGUAACAUGAUCAUGGCCUAUAAAUCUCUUACUGAAUUGGUGUCUAAGAAAAAUAUAUGGAUUUUAUGUAAUUUACUAAAUUCCCUUUUACAUUGUUUUUAUUUAUUUUAGGGUCGACCUUUGUCAUACAAAACAUUUUUAAUCUGGGUCCUAAUCAGUAUCUACCAAGGUAAGAAUGUAUAUAGCUUUGUGUCUGUCUAAUUUUUUCUUCACGGAACAAUUAUGUAAUUAAGGAACACGCAAAACACCAUAACCACUGUAGGAGUGUCUGGUCUCCCCUCCCCCAUUAUAAGUAGUCAAUCCGUUUUAGAAACAUUUUACUUCUUACCUGGCGGAGCGAUCAGCUGUCAUUUGCAAGUACAGCUUGCAAAUUUACUAGCACGGUGUUUAUUGUAUAGGCCCCUCAAUACUUUUACCAGUAGCCAGUUUGGGAAAUUUAAAAUGCACACACAGCUCGUCCUGCAUUUCAAUGCUUAGCUCGUGGUGGCUAAUGAGCUCUCGUCUAAGUGUUUCUAUCUGUCCUUAUGAAGUAGUGGAGGCAUGGAGCGGCGUGCUGUGGACACCAUGUUAAGCAAACUUUUCUAAAACCGUCUCACUCCUUACAUGGAGGGGCACCAUAACCACUACAGCUUGGCAUGUAUCUUUAAUGUUUAAUAAUAUAGUUAAAACCAAACAAUGCAAAGUAAUUGUAACUGAUGUAUUGAACCAUAUAUUUACAAAUUUAAUUGAAACUUGAAGUGCAAAAUUCAGACUAAAACAGCCGAGCUUUUACUAUAGAGUGAGAUAUUUGUUACCGGGUUCUUAAUUCACUGUUUACGGAACUAAUCUCAAUAUCUGUUAGCUUUAACAGUCAUUUUCUUUACAGUUUAUACAGAAACCAGAAAUGAUUUUCCCAUGCCACAUCUCCUUCAUUUUAUUGAUUUAUUCUGUGUUUUUAUUGUAACUCUGUGUAUUAUUAGGACUAUACACAACACAUUGAUUCUCUCCCACAAUAAACAAACCUGAUCCACACCCAUCACUUCUUUAACAGCCCAAAGUAAAAAGCUGUGUUUGGAUGAACUCGUUAAUGUAGUUGUAACGUGGUUUUAAUAUUUCUCUUCACAGGAAGCAUCAUCAUGUAUGGAGCGUUGCUGCUGUUUGAGUCAGAAUUCGUCCACAUUGUAGCGAUUUCGUUCACGUCUCUGAUUCUCACAGAGCUGCUCAUGGUGGCGCUGACCAUCCAGACAUGGCAUUGGCUCAUGAUUGUAGCGGAGCUGCUGAGUUUGUCCUGCUACAUCACGUCUCUGGUCUUCUUACAUGAAUUUAUUGGUAAGCGUGUGCGAGUGUUGGCAUGUUGCAGAUUGAACACACAGACAAUAUGGUGGGAUAAAGGAUCAGCUGGGACCAAGGGUGCAAGAUUUACCCCCAUCUUCUGGAGCUUUAAUACAAAUACUCUGAUAAUGUACCCCUCUAGUGCUGGAAUCUGCCAUAAUGUGAUGUCAUGGCGUAUGUGACGACGUGCUCUUCGCCACUUGGUCCUGGAGAGGCCUACUUGCCAGCCUCCUCCUCUGUGACUAUGACUCUUUCAUGUAUCUGGCUUUAAAGCCCCUAGUCUACCUUCAGACAGACUAUUUAUGUGGGCUGCUUUAUUUAUCUUAUGUUUUAGUCACCCUGUACCCAUUAUAGGUGCAGGGUGUGUGUAAUGUAAUUGUUUAUAGUGUGUGUGUGUGUGUGUGUGUACUGUGUAAUGUAUUGCCUGCUCUAUUGUAUUGCUGAGGUUUGCUACCAACUAGGUGGGUUUGGCUAUGGAGCUUGUCUAGUGCCCUCUGUUGGUAGCAACAGCAAUAUGCACUACCUGAAUUGCAAGACUGGGUCAUUUGCAUAUUCGGGUAGAUUUGCAUAUUGCUAAUUCUGCAGGCAGGUGAGAUAUUUACUGUUAAAUAUUGUCUCCCCCCACCCCUUUAAAAAUGUGCCAUUGUGUUGUGAUAAGUCACUGUGUGUUGUUUGAUAUGUUUUGACUGUUAGUGAUUUUAUUGAGGUUUCACAACAAUGUUAUUGUGGUGACCCUAUUGGCUGGUCCCAAGGGAAAUAAAGGUUUUGACAGUUCUUCUUGAUCCCUCUAAACGUAGCCUUGUCUCGUUAUUGGAGGGAGCUGUUAUAAUCACUCUGGGGAUUGCUCUGCAUGUUCCCCUGAGUUUGAAUCACUUAGCUCUUUUAAGAGCUUAUUCCUGACACGCUCUCCUUGGAGGAGGGGUCUUCACCACACAGUCCUGGAUGCUGGAGGUUUGUACAGGAUGGAAGGAAGAGUUCUUUCCCACACAGUCCUGGAGAACAGAAGCUGAUCCAGGGUGGAAGGAAGACUCCAGUCAAGAUACGGCGGUGGCGGAGUCUGCGGUGGUUGUGGUGUCUGCUGCAGUGCUUGGAGUCCUCAGGAAGCGCUAGGAGCAUCCAUCAACGGAGGGUACUCAGUCGGAGUACAAGGAGCUCCGUUACAGCGUGUAGCCAUGAGCCAUCAUAGGCGCACACUUUACUGCUUCCAUUUGCUAUUCUGUUAAAACCCAAGAACAGAUCUCCUGUAAUGGCACUCGUACUGUGAAAGGAGAUAGAGCGUCAGGACAGGGAUCAAACCGGGGCAUUGCAUAUAAAUUGUGUUUUAAAAGGACAUUCUGGUCACCAAAACAACUUUAGAUUAAUGAAGCGGUUUUGGAGUAUAGAUCAUUCAUCUGAAGUCUCACUGCUCAAUUCUCUGCCAUUUAGGAGUGAAACAGUUUUAUUUAUACAGACCUAGUCACACUGACUGACACAGCCUGCAUGAAACAAAAUGUUCUAAAUUAAACAAAGUAAGUGUAAGCAUUAAAUCUCACUUUACAGGAAGUGUUUAGGAACAUUGCAAGUCACUGCUGGCUCCUAAAACAUUCCUUCCAAAUUCUGCUGUUCGUGCUUUUUCCAAUACAAAACCAUGCAAUUGGAAGCAUGCUGUACAAAAGGGGUAUCCGUGUUUCCUAAAUCAUCUAUGCCAGAUUUUGGGGAGUUCUUAUACUAAUGCAUUUAAUUCCACAUCCGAGCGCUGCUUAAGUAAGGCAAAAUUAGUAAAAAAUAAAUAAAUAUAUAUUCGUAUAUUCCCCUAAACGUAAAGUUGUGAAUCAAGUACAGCUUGCAAAUUUACAAACCGGUUCUUGUCUCCCAACAACACAGUGUUUAUUGUAUAGGCACCUCAAUACUUUUACCAUAAGACAAUCUGGAAAAAGACAAAUACUAUUAAAUUCACAAGCAUUUAAGCUAGAAAAAAAGUCUAUCUUUUACAAUACUCACUCUUCUUUUUAAUAUGAAUAAAAGCGAAUUUUUUUAUUUUUUUUGGUAUAAAUAUAAUAGCAGGUAUUGGGUAACAAUGUAAUAUUGUGCAGAAGAGAUCUGCAGAAAAAUUGAAAGAAAAAAAAAAAGUUUAUCUUCAUAAAAACUGAAGAAAAUAGGUUUAAUUUCCAAUCAUUUCUGAUACAGACUUUGGGUGAAAGUUCACACAUUGUGAAUAAAUAUCACUCAAAGCGUCACCGACAGGAGAGAAAUUCAUUUUCUUGCUCACAUUACACAAGAUAACGGUGUGCUGUCACGGCUCAUCAUGUAACACAGCAGCUAUCCACAGCUUCAUACAUCUUACCCCUAGGAAACGCUGGGAAGGGUGUGAGUCAGAUACUACCAGUCCAUGGAAAAUAUGGGGGACGCGUUCUCUUCCUAAAAACAAAAUGAUUUGAAAAAGUUAUCUGUUUUGCAGAAGGACAACCAUAAAACCUCACCCGCUUUAUACAUCUUUAAAUUAGUAAAAUAAGUGUGUUUUUGUUAACAUUGUUAAAACCUAAUAAAGGUCCAAGAUUUUUACUAUUAUCAGGGUUAUUUAAUAUUUAAGAACAAAAUCCCAAUGGUAAUACUGAGGCUAAAAAUUAGAAUUUUCUGAGAAUUUUCCCCCAUAUCAGUGGUUUUUACUUACAUUUUGCAAUUGAAAUUUGCCAACAUUGGGGGGGUUUAGUGUUUACUUAUCCAUAUGUUUGAGGUCUGAAAAAUAACAUUUAAUAUUACAAAUCUGCCAACUUAGCUCACUGUCAAUCAUUGCUAUAAACUCCGGCCUUUGCCCCUAACAGUCAGCAUGGAGAGAGGCGGAGAAUUUCCCCACCUCCAAUGCAAUGUGUGCCCUGACUGUGCCAGGACUGUGCUGGAAUCUGAUCUAAUCUGCUACAUUCGUAAUAUACAUUUUAAAAGUUAACAGAACUUCUAGUUGAUAUUCAAUGUUUUAUUUUAUGGUGUAGUUUCCCAUUAAAAUCUAAUUAUUUUUCCUUUAAUUCCAGAUGUUUACUUUAUAACAACGCUCUCAUUCCUGUGGAAGGUCACGGUAAUCACACUGGUCAGCUGUCUCCCGCUGUAUGUUCUUAAAUACCUGAGAAGAAAGUUCUCUCCUCCAAGUUACUCCAAACUCACCACCUAGAUCGUCUUGCGAGGCGAACUCUUUGGAUAGGAGUUCAGCUUGACACGGAGACUAUGAGAUGCACAAUUAGAUUGUGCAGACACUGAUACGUAAUGCUGCUUUGAUAAAAAGGGAACAUGGGAUUUCAACACUGGAUUUUGGGCACUGGAAGACUAAGACAUUCGGCACUUAGCAAUCGUUCCCUAGUAGGACGAGGAACGUAAAGUGUUUAAAAACAAGAAGGAUUCAUUUUUGAAUUGUUUUACCUCCACCUGUGAACGUAACCUUGGCCACCUUUUAGAUGACUUGUAUCGAUGUACCUAUCAAUGGAUUUAAUGGAUAUAAGAGAACUCAUACAAACAGAAUCUACACUACAUGCUCUUUGGACUCUGGUCGCCUGAGAGUUUAGAACCACAAGGGGAAUAUGUUCUGCGAAAUAUAGCAAAGAACCCCAAACAAUUCCGCGUUUCAUUUGCCAAAAACAAAGAAUAACAGCGUUAAGGGUUAAAAAUCGAAACAAGCCAGGGUGAUGUCAUUUGACUAAAAUAACAAGCUUUGCUUAUUUGCAAAUUCAGCUGGCCAUACAUUUCCAUAAAUAGAUGCAAAUUACAGAUGGGAUUCUAAUAUUACUGAUCAAUAGCCUGCUUGAACAUAGAUGAAAGAUUCAGAUGUGAUCAGAAAGUCAAGUUCGAGCUGUCCUGCUAUGGGAUAAACCCUGCGUGCCCCACGCUCUCAGAACUUGAGUCACUUUAAUUUGGGGGGACGGGGGGGCUGAAAGAUAACUUUUUUUGGUUUUGUAUUUUGAUCAUUCCAGGUUUACAGAGUUUUGAUAAAUUUGUUUUUACUUUCUUCUUUACAAAUUAGUUUAUUCUGUUCAACGCAGAGAGUUUGCAACAAAAACAAUAAUAUAAAAUUGCAAAAAACCCUUAGUUGCGGCCUCGCCUGUCAUCUUCUUCCUACAGUAAGAGAGACAAUCUAGCAUCUACAUGAUCCCAGUAACUGGAUAGCCAGCGUGGCACUGCCAGGGCUCAAGAGAUCUUCUAAAAACAAAUGGCGCAGGUACCAUGACUUACACAGAAACCUGCAUUGUACUGACACUAUAAUCUGGCAAAACCCAGCGUGAGUAAAUAAAGUCACUUAUACUAAAAUUAUAUUUUGAGGUGAAAAUGAAAACAAAAAAAACUGUUAAUUGUUUAUUAUACUCCUGUCUCAAAAAACAACUCCCCACUCACAUAGUAGACAGGACUAGUCCUAUUAGAACAUUAAAUAAAAUUCAAUUCAAGGGAGAUCUAAUUAUUUAGUAUUAAAUAAAUAGUAAUGGCUAAAGUAAAACAUAUUCGAGAGAAAUAAAUUAAAACUUAUUUUUUUAAAUUUUUUUAAACAUGACCCAAAACACAAUAUGCAGACUUGUUAAGGAGAUAAAAGCAGAGUUUGCAAAAUUUAAUAAAUACAUUAAAAUAUGAAAGUGACUUUGUGGCCAGUCCUGAAAUCUCCCUAAAGCUUAUAUCGAAGAGUUACUAAUAUGGAAAUAUAUAUUUAAAUGUCCCAAUAUAUCUGACCCGAUGUGCCAAAAAGAGUAUCCUGGGUUAAUUCUUUAAGUUAUUUACAGAUAAACAUCUAUACAAUAUUUAGAAAUAAUUUUUUUUUUUUUGUUCUGUGUGUCCAUUCUCUAUUAUAAACCCAGCUUUAGAUAUUCAUAAUAUUGUCAAGUAAGUAAAGAUACCAUAGGACACAUUGUGCCAUUGAAACACAAAUGCAAUUUAUUUUAUUGUUACAACUAAUUUAAAACUCUGGGGUUCCUGCAAACAAUGAGAUAUGUGAUAUGUAAAUAUAGCCAACUAAAACACUUAUUAAGUAGCACUAAUAAUAUUUAAGUAACACUAAUAAUUUUUACAAAUAUAGCACUUUAUAUAUUACUAUUUAAUAUUCAAUUUAGUUUAUUGAAGAUGGGGGGAAACGUUUACCUGAUGGUAAAUGGUAGUAGUCUUAUUCCCUUUCCUGCUGUGAGGAGGGGGGCUGCCCAUCCGUCAAUACUGCCAUGGUUAGAUCAAUCAAUCAAUUGAUGUUGUUUUAUUAAAAUAAAAUAAUUUAUUAUAGCAUCCGCGGUAUCAUUUUAAUAUAUAAAAGCAAAUACUUAAUUGCAUGGUAUUUGGUCAGAUAAGUGGUGUUUCCAACCAAAGGAUUAAAAAAAUUGUACUGUAGAGGCUGUAACAAAUUGGAUAAAGGGAAACAAAAGACUUUAGUCACUUGGAAGGAAAGGUUAAUAAUUAUGGACAGCGCACGGAUAAAUUAUAAAGAUUUCAUGAUAUCUAGAACACCCUCUCUCUCUUAACGUGGGGUACCAGUUCUAAACCUCAAAGGUGCUCAACUAUCGCAAACUUUAUUUCAAAUAGCACUUCUCAAUUAACAGAGGGAACACGGACACGCCUGGCUGAAUAUAGUUUACUGAACGAACACGAGGAAGAGGUUUCUAAUUUGGGGAAGUUGGAGCCUUUUCAUUUGCUAAGGAUACAUAUGAUGUUUACCAUUUUAAGGGAGUCUUAAUAGAUUUUUAUUUUCCAGCUUGUUACUUUAAUGACUUGAAAUAUGUAUUAAAAUGUGUCAUAGUUAAACCAUUAACGUGUAAUAUUAAUACUGUGAUCAGGGAUUAUAACAUGUGAAUCCUGGAUCCUGGACUGUGGGAAACAGUGAUUACACAGAAGAUAUUCAAUACCUACUAAUACGCAUGUGGUUUAGAGCCAAAAUGUUUGUUUCCUCAUUUGAAGUUACAAAGUUACAUAGUUACAUAGUUACAUAGCUGAAAAGAGACUUGCGUCCAUCAAGUUCGGCCUUCCUCACAUUUGUUUUUUGCUGUUGAUCCAAAAGAAGGCAAAAAAACCCAGUUUGAAGCACAAUUUUGCAACAAGCUAGGAAAAAAAUUCCUUCUUGACCCCCAGAAUGGCAGUCAGAUUUAUCCUUGGAUCAAGCAGUUAUUACCCUACAUUGAAAGAUUAUAUCCUUAAAUAUUCUGUUCUUGCAAGUAUGCAUCUAGUAGCCGUUUGAACAUCUGUAUGGACUCUGAUAAAACCACUUCUUCAGGCAGAGAAUUCCACAUCCUGAUUGUUCUUACAGUAAAAAAACCUUUCCUUUGCCUUAGACGAAGUUAAAAACCUAUUGGCCUUUUCACACUCGAAUAUGAACUAAUAGAAACAUUCAAUCGGUUUACUUUGUCGAAGGUGCAGUUCUUAUAAAAAUAAGUUAUUUUAUUUGUUCCUUCAUUUUAAUUUUUAGAAUUAAUGUAUCCGCUGCUUUGGCAAUAGAUAUUGAAUAACCUAUCAAUUAAAUCUCCUGGUGUUACAUGACUCCGAGGUUACAUUAACCCCCUGGCAGAAAUAUGAAUUCAAUGUGAUUUUAAUUAUUCCUGGGCAAAGGAUAAAUAUUCAGCACUAAUAAGGAGGAUUUGGUUUGUAAUUGUCAGGAUUACUGUUUGAUCCAGCACGUAGAACUGUACAGCACAGAUGACAAAUAAGUAACGUAUUACGGGUCCUUAGAAUGGCCGGAUUUAACGUACAAAGAAUAGUAAAAAAAUACUAGCCGAGGUCAGGGAACACAGAAAGGGACACAGCGAUGAGGAAAGCCAGGAGUCAGGAUACUAGAAUAUAGAGAAGUCAAUAAACAAAGCCAAAGUAAAAAAACAGGUAGAAAACUAUAAACAGGAACGCGCUCUUAGACAACCACAAGGGAAACCACGACAGGGCACUGAGCAGGCUGAGAUCUGGGCCUAAAUACCCCUCCUUUAGUUCUGAUAGGCUGUAACCGGCCUUUGACCCCAAAGUCAGUUACCAGGUUUCAUUUGCAUAAUUGCUGCUCAGCAUUAACCCUUCUGUGGAUUAGGUUGCUGCUCGGCACAACUUUUCCUGUGUGGACAGUAAAUGUCAUUAAUCACUUUUCUAUAAGCGGAUGAAUAUGUGACAGUAAUAUCUACUCAUUCACACAAAAAAUAUAUUCAUAAGAGAGAGUAGUACAGCACCUUAAAUUAUAUUUGUCUAACCCAUUUCCCUCACAAGAUACAUUAGCACAAUUAGAUCCACUGAAUUCUGUAAAAUUAAAGGGAAUUUGCUGCAUCUAUAAAUAUACAUAAUUUGUUCUGUUUGAAAAUUUUAUUUUUCAUUUCAUCCUAGAUUUUAUAGUUCUCUCUCUGCCCACCCACUCCUCCUCCCCGCCCAGCCCCCCCCCCUCCCCCAAAAAAGAACAAACAUAAAAAACACUAUGGUAUGUCAUCAACACAAAUCUCAAUCUUUUUGGAAAAUAGUCUGACCAACAGAUCUGAGGUCAUUUAUUUAUUUUUGUGUGCAAUGAAUUUGAAACAUAAUGGUAAAUAUUGCCAGAUUUGGUUUUCAGUUCUUCAUAAACCUAGUUUAGCUGUUGAAACAUAUACAAUUUAAUCAAGUUAUUUAUUAAUUUUAUUUAACCUGUUUGUCCUACUUGUAUAUAGUCAUAGAAUACAUUUUAAAUGUCUCAAAAAGUAAAAAUGGUUCACUUGUUGUGAAAAGCCUAACUCAUAUCUGAGGGCUAGGUAAAGUUCUAAAACUAAUUACAGGUACGUACACAUCAGUGAUCAAAAAGGGAAAGAACGAUAUAUUGAUGAUAUUUCCGAUAAUGCCCAGAUCACUCAUUUCAGUACUGAUUUCAAUGGAGAAUUAAGCAUAAUUUGAUAGUUUGAUCAAUAACCUGUUUGAGUGGGGUUUUUUUUCCUCCUUUAACCAAAAUCCAAUUUCUAAUUCUGUAAUUUUAAUAAAACAUUGUUGUCCUGCUUAAUGGAAUGUGUUGUGUUGCCGAAAAUUUUAUAUCCGUUUGUGGGUAACCAGAUGUAUGUAAUUCUGCAAAUGUAUUUAUUUUGUGUAGUGUUGGAUAUUAUGCCUGUCUGACAACAUGAAUGGCAUUAACUGAAAAAUAAAUCCACUAUCUUCAUGUCUGUGUUUAUUUCAUAAUUGUGGGAUCAUUUGCAGUCUGGCAGGAUUUGUAAAUUGUCCGCAUUAGAGAUGGAUUGUCACAAUGUGGUGUAAGUCCAGACUCUAACUAUUAAUACACCCCUGGAACAUUUUGCAGUAUUCUGAAGCAACGUAUCUCUUUAACUUAACUUUCCUAACUACC